AGGCUGGGCGGGGUGUGGCGCUCUGGAGCAGUGAGCCGGGAGGGCGCGAGCCGGAGAGGAGGCGAGGGAGAAGAAGGAGGGAAGAAGCUCGGCGCUCGCGAGAGGCGGACUAGGUUGAGCCAGCGCUGCCCGCGCGCAGGUUCCGAAGGCGCCGCGGGGGGCGAGUCGCGACGCCCCCCCCCCUCUGGAGCGCGCGGCUUGCGCCCCUCUCGGAGAAGUCUCUCCUGUCAGGUGAGGCGCGCGCGGGUCACCCGGAGAAGGCGGCGAGGAGCGAAGGGGAUAGCGGGGAGCUGCGGGGGGGGGGGCAGGGAGGCUGGCGGGUCUCUGGAGGAAAAAAGAGAUUUAAUUCGGAACUGUGGCAAGCUUCUUCUUUUUCUUCUUCAAGCCAGUCCGUUCCCCUUUCUUGACUUGGAGAAAUAUCGUACAGUGUCUAAGCACGCCGAAGCACUUGCGUGGUAUUAAGCACAGAACAGCAUUUAUGUUUAUACACAGUGUAUAUAAGCUGUGCAGUUAGUAUGCACUGCCUCGGCAGAUAUACAGCAACUAAAGGAGACUCUGCAACUUGCCAGAGGAAAGUUUUCGCCAUUAACUUGUAUUAGUUUUAUACCCACUUCUCCCAUUGGUGAGAAAUCUGUGGGCAGCACUGCCAAUUUACAGUGCAACGCUGCACGUGUCUGCUCUGAGGUAAGUGUGCAUGGUUACAGGCAGGGCUUUUUAUCAGUCUGAGCUCAGUUUCUGCACCUCUCAGGUGGGCACCAUUGCCAUUAGAAGAGAACAAGGGAAGCGUUCAUGGUGAGUUAUGGCACCUUCCCCCCCCCCCCGAAGAAUAGCACUGGUUACAGUAGUUUACCUGCAGUUUAUCCCUCACAGUUGCACUUUCCGAUCAACCCUUAACAGACUACAGUGCCUAGGGACUGAGGUAAAGAAUGUGAUUCACAUGUGCUUUAAUGGUAUUCCUUUGGUUUCCUUUGGGAGCAAGAGCACUCUGCAGACCUUGCAUCACUUCUAUUUUAUUUAGCACAUUUACAUUCCAACAACGGGCAACAAAACCACAAAGCCUGCAUCCCAGAGAGUAACAGUGUGGAUCCCUGCACCCCGUUCCAGAUUCUAAUCCAGUUAAUUUAGAAGUCCUUUUGCCCCUCUCAAAAUUCAGAACUGCCAACUGCUACCUUUUCUUACACCUGUUUGCAGAGCAAUGGUCUUAGACUCCAUGCUGCAGGUAUAUUGGCCAUUCAGGAGACCAAACAUCUAGUGUCCUAAAUGCAAGCUCCCACUGAGGAAAAUAGCCUCUCAUCUGUGGCUAUUAAUAAGCAGUUAGCAGAAGGAAGGAAGGAAGAAUGGUCACCAAGUAGCUGUAACAAUGUUCUUUGAUUACAACAAAGGACAGUAACAUUGCUCAUUAAUUUUUGGUCUUUCCCACAGCAAUGCUUACGGUAUAUGGCUAGUUAGGGAAGAUGUUAAAGCUGCUUCCCACUUAACAGAUUAAUUUCUAAAGAACUACAUCUGCAUAUUUGCCCCUGAAAGGCCCCCAUGAGUGAUGUCAGCUGUGAUGAACAAGCACUCUGCACAUGUCCUGAGACAUAUUUUAAAUGACUUCUGUGUCUAUUCCAGGAGCCAUCCCUGAUGUUGUAUAGUGAUUCCAGAACUAUGGCCUUGUGAGCACCACACAAAUCACACAUUGUUCUGCUCUUUUGUUUUUCUUUUCAAGUCUGGUAACUCAUAUUCUGCAAAACCAGCUUCAGCACUCCCACACCAGUGGGAUUUUGCUUUCCUUUAUGUAGUAUCUUGUAAAGUGGGCACAAAUCUAGCCAAAGUAAAACACACUUAAGCUCCAUUGAUUUGCUUAGGCUCAGUUCUCUUCCAUUGUAUUAACUCUGGCUGGAUGGUGCCCAGUAUUUCCAAAGUGUCUUGGAAGCUGCUAAGGGAAAACAAGUAUAAUGAAUUAUGUGUUAUGCAUUAUGUGAAUUAUGUAUUAUGUGACCUCUCCAAUAGCUAACUCAUGGGAUGCUUACAAUACAGAAUAAAACCACAGCUGCAAGUGAAUACAUACUGAUAGGACAUUUAUGUCCUGACUCAAUCCGUAUUUAUUUGCAAGUAAGGGCUCAUCCACACGUCUGUUUGCACUGCAGUUUCUAGGCACGGGUCCAAGUGUUCUUUUGUCCCACUGCUUUCCCUUGGGAAAAGAAACACCAAUCAGGUUUUCUGCUCGAACCAAUGCCUGGAAGUCACGAACAUGUGCCUAGAAAUUGCGACACAAACAGAAGUGCGGUUGAACCCUACAACACACAGGGUUUUUACUCCCAUGUAAGAUUGCAACCUUAAAUCAUACAUGAAAUUAAAUCCCAUUGAAUUUAGUGGGCAUUUCUUCUCAGUAAGUGUACAUAAGAAGAUAAUGUUGCAAGUGUGUAUAGGCAACCUUUUUAAAAAUCAACAACAACAACAACAACACACACACACACACACACACCUUGCAAUCCAAUCCUAUACAUUUCCACUCAGAAGUAAAUCCAGCAGAGUUCAGUGAGGCUUGCUACUACUAGCUGUGCAAACGUGUAUAGGAUUGCAACUUGAUGGUCUAAAACUGGAUACAGAGAAGUAAACAACGAACAAACUGGAAAGAACAAAGGUAUGAGUAAAUUGAUAAGUGUAAGAAGUGAAGCUGAUCUGAAAACUAAGACUAAAAACUUCCCCAAACCUCAUUCCUUAAGCAGACCAUGAUCCAGGAGUCCUUAUGAAUUACUUCAUUGCAAUGAUGUUGUUUUUUUUAAAAAAAAAAGAAUGGCACACUGAGCCUACCAGUAAAUGUAAUAAUCUAAGCAUACCUGUCUGGGUUCAUUGAGUCAAGGGGUUGCAUUUAACUAACUUUUGUUGCAAUGGGUAGACCCAUUGCAAUUCAUCACCAUGACUAAGUUGGAUCCAUUCAUAUCAAUGAGUCUGUUCUGAAUAAAAGUUGAAUACAACCCAGUGAAAUGUUCUCCUAUAUAAGGGCAGUUGAGCAUUUAUUUAUUUUUUUAAAAAUCCUAUUUAUUCCCACUGGAAUAUGCUUAAUUUUGGCUGGAAUGUGCCCUAAGGGUUUUUUUGUUUGUUUUGUUUUGAUAUUAUAUUCUUACAUUGUAUUUGCAAGCAUUUCUGAUGAAAGUGAAGUAUGGUCAGGGUUGCAGUUUUAAACUGGUAUGCUUACUGGAAAGUGAAGAAAAAACAGGUUCAGUGAUUUGUAGGUUUCAUCGUUAGACUGACUGUAGACCUUUGACAAAGACAGCAAACUUCUAUAAAUAAGCUUUUCUUCUUUUAAAGUGAACUAUAGAAAUGGCAUGAUACAUAAUGUUUAGAAUUGCCUUUGCUAUGAGAUGAUUGGUUACUAUCAAGUUGUCUAUUACACCCAGCACCGCUGCUUUCUAGAACAUUGCACACUGAAUCCAAGUUUUGUUACUGAUUGUGAAUCAUUUAUGCAUUUUUAAUAAUUUAGAUAAAAGUUCUUUAUGUCCAUUUUAUGACGUAGCUGCAACGAAAAGAUGGGAUGCUUGCAACAUGGCCAUUUUUAUCUGAUAAAAAUUGAAAUGGAAGAAGCAAGAUACAACCUUGCACUUUUUCCACUUUCAUUAAUCAUUUAGAGCUCUCAUAAUGGAAAUUUGAUACACCACUUCCAUGGAACACCAGGGAUUUAUAUGCUUAUAUUAUAGGAGAGAAUGAAUCCAUAGACACUGGAAAGGCCUUAAAUUUUUUCAACCUGCCAGAGUCUUCUUGAGAGAGCUGGCCUCUCUUUGAAUAAUGCUCAGAGAAAGCAAUUUUCACAGCUUUACUCAGGCAGUUGCUUUCCUUGUUUAAGCAGAAGUUUAAUGACUUUGGGAUCCAUUAAGCAUGUUUCAUAACACAUAUUUUCUAAAUGUUUCCUGCUACAAUCUUAUUGCCUUGACCACAUUUUGAAUGUAGCAUAAUACUUGGGUAAUAGUAAGGGUGAAUUUUGAAUUUGUCUUGGGUAGGCUGAUUUUACAUUUCUUUAAAAAAAUGUGUAUUAGUGUGAUAUCGUUGGAAACAUUGUAAUUCUGAAUAAAUUAGGGGAUUUUCAAAAUGUCAUUUUCAUCAAGUUAUUGAUUGUGCUUUCCUUUCUCAUUAAAUGAGCUUUGGCUCCUGCUGUAAACUAACAUAUAUGUACCUUUGCAGUUUUUUAGAGUGGCUGCAGUUCAUGCCAUUCCAGUUGAUGACCAUGCAUGUUGUGCGAUUGGAAAGCAGCAAGAAUAGAAAGUAGCAGCUCUCCCUGCUAGUCCAUUUCCCAACCCACUCUGCUGUAAUAAGCACUGUUAUUGAUGGAGAAGCAAGGAAGGAGCAGCAGGGUCAGCAUAUCCUCCAUUGUUUCUUUGGACUUUCCUUCCCCCAUGUGCUCUUCUAUCAGUCUCCUCCAUGUAUUUCUGCACUGACCUCCUUCAGCUUCUCUGACAGAGCUUCUCCGUGGGGCAGUGGGUGCUACAGUCUCCGUGGGUGGAAGUUAGGACGCUUCUCUGCGACCAUUACUUUUUAAGAUUGUUUUCUUUCUAACAGGAAUGAUGGGCUGCAAUUACUUCAGUAGAAGCCAAGCUUAGGAGUUGAGAUGUGGCUUCGAACCCAAUGCUCAGGAUAUAAGAAAAGAUAGCAGUUUGGCGUUUGAGUUUGGAGAUAGCUGAGAGAUUUGAGAUGGGAGUAUGUUGGACUGGGAGCAGCCUGCAGGGUGCCCUUCCUGUUGCUUUGUGAAAACUGAAGCAGGGUUGGCAAUUAUAUUGCUUGCUUUCAAUAGUUUGUUCGCUUCUAAUAGGAUUGAUUGUUGGCAUCCAUCUGUCUCGAGACAAUGGAGUGUGCCCUUGGUGGUGAAGACAAACUGCUGUGUUAACAGCACCAAAGUGACCUCCAUGGGGCGGAAGCCUGAGCAGUGUAUAUGGAGAUGUUGGGCUGUCCAGACAACAGGACCACCCUCUCAGCCUCACUGAUGUGAUCCAAUGGAAAGCUGAGCAAUACGUUUGGCACCAGCUUGGCUGCAGGAGUUGCUGGAAGGAAGUGUAAAAGGUGCCAUCCAACCAUCUUAGGGACUCCACUCUGGAUUUGUGUGUAGGGUAUACUCCUUAGCCUUUUCUUCUUCCAAAGAUAUCCUGCAAGGCAGUGGAGGUGCAGGGUGGGGGACCAAAGGUGGACAAACUACCCCAGAAGGAGCAGGUCAGAAAGGAGGAGCUCUGUUGUUCAAAAUCCUCCAGAAGUGAGAACAUUUUUUUAGUCAGAGGUUCAGAAACUCACCUGCAGAGACUCUAGUUGAGGCUGGCUUGGAGGUCCACCAGGUGAAUGAGAAGCUAACAAGCUUGGACUGCGGGUUAUUCUAGUCAGCAGCUGCUAAUCUGCUUUAUGUGUCCUGGAGCUUGCCAGCAGAGAUGGGAAUAAAAGGCUAAAGGAAUCGCUUCAGUGCUGGAAAACUGUCAGCAUGCACUGGAAGUGAGUGGGCCAGAAUAAGACUAGUUGAAACCUAUUUAUUAGAUGCCUUACAGUAUGCCAUAAAUAAAGUAACCUGCAAACCUAUUAAGGCCUUACUAGGUAGGAUCUGGUCCCUAUAGCUGGAGUACCCCUGAGAAAGGACCCUAUAGUUGGAGUAGUUGAGGAGCCUACAUGUAAUGGAACCAAAGGGUUACAAAGGAUAGCUGUCCUGAGUAUAAGCAGCCAAGAUGAUGAAGAGAAUGAGAAGCUACUGAGAGCUAUCUUGAGUGGAUGAGGCUUGGUGGUCUGGCAGAAUAUACCCCACACGCCGCCCAUUGAUGCAGCAAUGAAACUGCUAGCACAUUUGCAAAGCUAGGCAGGGUCUGUAUGGUUUCAAACUGGAUGGGGGGACAGCAUGUUGGUAUUGCUGCAUUGCAGAGGAUUGGACUAGAUAACUCUUGGGGUCUCUUCCAGCUCUGCAGUUCUGUGGUUCUAUGACCUCUGGAUAAAGACUGUUCUAGGCCUUAUUAUCAGCACUCUAGUCCAGAGCAUGAGUCAGAGAGGGCCAAUGGUUUGGGCUUUCUGUAAAAUUCUGAAAAGGAUUUUAUUCAUAUGCAAAUAAAGGUAGUAAUUUGCAUGUUUAUUUCACUUGAAUUCAGUAAACAGAGCAAAAAGCUUUGAAAUUGCCAAGCUUAGUAUUGUAUUCACAAUUGGCUGUCAUUCAUGGUUACUGAAGAACUUAGGAAAUGGACAGUUUUCCACAGGGGUGCAGGGAAUAAAGCCUUGGAAAAAGUUCUGCUCCACAUCACUGGAGUGGGUCAGUUUAAAGUGCAAAGCCUACAGUAGCACACCAGUCAAACUUACACUGGAAUUCAGUUCCUGAGUGUGCCCAUUCACUGUUUCCACUGUGCAGAGUCCCCUCCACAGUGUGAUGCACUUAUGAAGGGAGGCACAACUGUGCAGAUGAAAGGGAAACGAAACAUAAAGAAACAGGGACUAAUGGGGUUAAAUAAAGGGAAAUGGUCUGGACACAGCCUUAGGAAAACAAGUCAUUUAGUUAAUGACUGAUUACUGGAGAGCAGCUGAGUGGUUGUGGGGGUGGGUGGGUUUGUGUUAGGCUUCCUGAGAAGAAGGUAUCUUAAAACAUGUGAUUUGAUCUCUUGAAAGCAAAUGGAGAGAAGCUGAGAGCCGAGCUGCUAAUAUGUAGAUUAAGAGCAAGGCAAAGCAUAGUUUAUGGGGCAUGGUGGCCACAUGGGCAUUGACUUGGUAUUAGGGGUCAGAUCAGGAUAAGUGAUAGCAUUUUGUGGGAAAAUCCUUUGCAUAAUGGAGGUAUGCUUAUUAAAGCUCUGCAACUACAUUCCCGACAACUUUGAAAAAGGGAAGCAAAGGGAACAAUUUGCAGGAUGAGAUUCCCACACUGUGUGUUCUAUGGAUAGUGCAGAGAUAAGGGAGCUGCACAGUCAAUAAUACUUGACAUUUAUAUAGUGGCUUUAGAGUGUUUAGAGAACUUCGCACACUAUAUCAGUGAUGUUACUGUCAGUUUCCUUCCUAGUAUGUCUAUUAUUUUUGCAUAUUUAUACUAUCGUCUUCCCAAGCAGCUCAGGGCAGCCUACACAGUUCACUUCCCCUUUCUAUCUUCACAACAAUUCUGUUGCAUGGAUAAGGCUGAGAGAGUGGCAGGUGGGAAGGUCACCCAGUAAGAAUUGUAGCUGAGGAUGGAUCAGACCCCAGAUUUUCCAAUUGCCAAAGAAGCAAAAUUUGAAAUACAGUCAUACCUCGGGUUAAAUGUGCUUCAGGUUGAGCAUUUUCAGGUUACGCUCCGCAGUGACCUGGAAGUAACGGAGCACGUUACUUCCGGGUUUCACCACUCGUGCAUGCGCAGAUGCUCAAAAUGACGCCACACGCAUUCACAGAAGCGGCGAGUUGCGACACGUGCAGACACGCAGUCGUGGGUUGCGUUCGCUUCAGGAUGCUAACGGGGCUCCAGAAUGGAUCCCGUUCACAUCCUGAGGUACCACUGUAUGUUGUAUUAUAUAAUAUGGAAUGCCCUAUUAAUAUGGGGCAGCAGGGCUAAUCAACUUUACAAUGUGCAUGUAAACUAUAUAAAUGCAAAAUGUUAUUUUUGUUCUUGUCUGUUGGAAUGCAUAUCUCACUCUUCAGCUGUGAAAAGCUUCCAGAACAACCUACAAAUAUUGAUGAGGUGAUGGUCAUUGAAAACAUAAGUUGAUGGUCCAGCUUCAAACUAAUUUUCUGGAAAAUCCAAAUGUAUUCACAACCUCCCAGGUUGAGGUGUUUGCCUCUCAGUGCUAGCUCCACCAUGUGUCCUCCAGAUUGUUUUGCUCAACAGCAAGAAAUAUUGAUGUUGGUCAGCUUUGCAAUUACACCCAAUCAUUAUGUUUGUGUUGUUUUCAGUGAUACUAUACAGACAUAAUAGGGAGAUAGAUUUGCCGAAGUGUAUGAGAAGGAAGCAAUGGAUCAAGUGUGUGAAGUCCAUCUAUCUAUUGGGUUAACUUGCCACACAUUUUGAUAUACACUUACUUCUAACGGGAAUAGCCAGAGAUACAAACUUGACCAAUUAAGAAAGCACGAGGUUGAGACAGAGCAGAUACUGACUCCUACCAAAGAGCAUGUGAUGGUGGCAGGUUGGAGGUUAGUAAAUGAUUGGUGAGUAAUUCUAGAUAAUUGUAGACAGCAGGUGGUAAGAACUUUCAGAGUUCUUUCUAUCCCAAAUAGCUGAUUCCUAAAUGGUGGUUUGGGGCAAUGUAGCAUAGUCCUAAAUAAAAACAAAUCCGCUCACAUUGUGUAAAACACCAUGUUUUUCCCCCCACAGGGAAGAUAAGGAAACGUGUGAACAGUUGUCUCUAAGAAAGGAUUCCUUUCUGACUGAGCUCUUACAAUGGCUAUGAACACCCUUUUUUUCUCGGUGGUGAGUAGAAAUUUAUUCCUGGAAAAUGUUUGUCACAGAAGCGGUGAUCGAUGAAAGUGCUUCACUAAAGCCAUCCUUCAUCUAACUAUUUCUAGAACAUGCCAUCUGCAAUAUAAAAUAACCUUUUUUCUUGAAAAAGGCUCAUUCACACGUGGACCACAUUGUGGGACUAGACAGCACUUGUUUCCCUCUUAUGGAAAACCACACAGAGUCAUAAAGGCAGACACAUUAAAUUUUAUGAAUAAAGUUGGUUUUAUUCAUCCUGGAGAAUAUUUUAAAUUACCGUAUUUUUUGCUCUAUAAGACUCACUUUUUCCCUCCUAAAAAGUAAGGGGAAAUGUGUGUGCGUCUUAUGGAGCGAAUGCAGGCUGCGCGGCUAUCCCAGAAGCCAGAAGAGCAAGAGGGAUUGCUGCUUUCGCUGUGCAGCGAUCCCUCUUGCUGUUCUGGCUUCUGGGAUUCAAAUUUUUUUUUUCUUGUUUUCCUCCUCCAAAAACUAGGUGCGUCUUGUGGUCUGGUGCGUCUUAUAGAGCGAAAAAUACGGUACCUCUUCUAUGCAUUUUCCUGAAAGGGAAAUUGUAUGUGUAUAUGCAUAUAUAGCAAUGUUGGUCACCAGCUAAAAUACAGGUACUGAAUGUAUUUUGUGCAAACUCUUCACUCUGUAUCAAGGUGUAGCUCAUACAUUUUGUUUGCUGAACUGUAGUUACUGAAGUUAUGUAGGCCUGCAUAUCUUAUCAAAAUUGGUUUCCUCUUUUGCAGCAAGAAAGGAGGAGGAUGCCAGUUGGGGAAAGGGGAAUGUAGUGCUGUGGGGUUGAAUUGAAUGAUCACUCAAGGAUUCCUUACUCCCAACUCUUUGAUUCUAGUGUAAGGCAGGGGCUGGGGAAGAAGAGGACUACUAAACUACCCAAACUAUAGCUUAGCUCAGUGUAGCGCAGCACGAAAACAGCCAGGAAGAGCAAAUCAGCCACAGUAUCCUCUCUCAGAGCCUGCAAAUUCAUGCAUUCAUGCCAAGCCUUGGUUUGGCUUGGUGGCACGUGCAAACCAGGGGAUAGUCACAUGCCACAGCUAAUUGUCCUGAUCCAAAUGCAGACCAAAAUCUGAAUUAAUUUUACAGACAUCCAGAGGACAUCUAGGAAAUUAAUCUGGUUAUUUCCAGAGAGGGCAGAGUGAAGUAGAGUACUAAUUUCUAGCAAUGAUGCUUAUUUCAUCCACCUUUAACUCUCUGCAGUCAUCUUCUGUCUUUAAUGUAAGUGAUACAGAUGUGACCAGCAAUCUUUUUAACCUUUCUUCAUGAUAUUUGUUCUCCUAAUUUGGGGGCUAACAUUGCAACUCUCUUGCAAAACCAUCCUUUUUCUUUUCAAAGAUGUGUACCAUUCACACAGAAGGCACCCUCUGGGGAGAGCUGUUGAUUGUGGAUUAAAAGUUUUUAAUGUUUUACUGUGGUUUUAUAAUUUGUUGUAAGUGUCCCAGAGUGAGUGGAGCAACCCAACCAGGCAAAUAAAUGAAUGAAUCACCAGCCUCGUAUUUUUCUGCCUUUCCCAAGUAGGCUCACCAAAGCACUGGAAUGGCUCUGUCUGAAGUUAGCCAUAGUUUCCAGUGUUCACAAGAGGAGUCAUGAAAAUAUGCUUGUGUGUAUGCCUUUAACUAAACAUGAUGGGGGAAACCCUGAGCCUAGGGGUGUUGCUAGCUGCUUAAAGAACUUAGGGCACAGGUCUAUGGCUAUGAGAUAAACUGACAUGUGUGAAUUUCUAUGCAUAAAUGAUCUAUUGGGAUGGCAUUGCGGAUGGCUAAGGUUUCCCUAACACUGACCUUUGUUGUAUACCCAGAUGGCUUGGGGGUCAAAAACCAUGCUUUUUAAGUUUAAAAAAUGGGGAGGGGCAAGGUAUUCCAGCCCAUCAUAAAAUCCCUGGGCUACCCAGGAAUAAUGUCCCUGUACAGACCUCUAAUGAAUGUCAGGGAUUCAAUACAUGUUUCAAAACUGCUUUACUAUUCUUUGUAACCUGUUGUUCAGCUACAACUGUAUUCUCUCUCUUGUGAGUGUGUGUGAGUGUGUGUGUGUGUGUGUGUGUGUGUGUGUGUUGCUUAAAAAAGCAAUUACAGAUCCCCAGAAAUAUAUUUUAAUUAUCAAAGCAAUAAACAGAAUUAUAAAUAUUACAUAAUGAGCUGGGGGAGGGAAACCAGUGGAUCAGGGUUGCUAAUUGUUAAAUACACUCUAGCUACAUCAUUCAGUGUCAGUGAAGACUAGAUAAAUGUUUUCUUUUAUUUUUGGUAAUGUUCAAGUCACUGUUUCAAGUUUAAAAAUUGUGGAUCUAAAUGUUAUAGCAGCCAUUGUCUGAGGUGCUGAACUGACUAAAAUGCAAAUGGCCUUUGAGUUAGGCACUGAAAAUACAACUGGGGGACUUUUACUUCACUGCCUCUAUCGUUGCCCUCAAAGUAAAUUGCAUUUGACAAGGCUGUUUCUCAAAGAUUAGCAGUGGUUAGAUUAAGCUGUCCUUGAUUUUACCAUUUAAUCCGGCACUGUUGUUUUGGUAUAGUGAAGAGAACAAGACAGCGGACAGCUCUUUUCCUGUUCUCUGAACUACAUUAGCAGUCCUAAGACCAUAUCAGCUACUCAGACAGGAUCCUGCAGUGAGACUCCAUCGCUUAAGGCUUUUGGAUAAAAGUGGCACUCCAGUGAUGCAUUUUGGACACUGAUCUAUGCCCAAGAGCAGGGCUGUUCAUAUGUCCUACCAAAAGCCUACAAUUCUUUGCCCAGGAUGAGUUGAAUUCUGCAACCUGUGUAAAUUAGGCAAGUUGUGUAAAUGCACAUAGUAGUUCUACAGUGACUGUUUUGUGUGACAUACUUGGCUUUUGCUAGUCAUAAGGAAGGACAAGGAGUUAAGAUGGGUGCACCCCAGCUAUUCAGUUGCUCCUCUGGCUUUAUGAGAAUUUCACAAGGCAUGGUUUACUUUCAAGGGUGUGUUUAUAGCUGCAAGGGCUCAGAAUAUGUGGCAUAUCCACAAGACUGCCCAUGAAGUUGUCUAUCAAAGUCACAAAGGAGAAGCAGUAGCUCAAGGCAGCAUUCUCCUAUCCUUAGCAGUGUUAUGAAGCUUAUACAAGUUUAACAGAAAUGGAAGCAUUGGAUAUAAUCUGGAAAAUGCUCCAAGCAACAUAAACACUACUCAGUACUCCAACCUCUUAUUUAAUCCUUUUAGGAAUUUCAGGGUCCCCUUUCCUUGACAUCCAGGAUUUCUAUGUAUUGCUCAGAUUAGUUGCACUCACUUUGCAGCUUGUCUAAUACUUAAAUGUUCAGUGUCUUUACAGCAAAUCAACAAAUUUCAAAUGAAAUUUAAGAGUACAGUCUAUACUAAAUAGGUUACCAGACAUGAAGGGCUGGAGAGAUACCAUCCCCCUUAUUUCUUUCACUGUAUUAACAAGCAGGUAUGAAUAUACAAUCGCAAGGAUUAGGAGGUUUGAUUAGGAGGCCCUCUCUUUCUUGGCCAAGUGUAAGUUCAGUGCCCUGAACAUUUUGAAGUGACUACUCAUGCACAUGUGUUUACCUGAUAUAUACCAAGAUUUAUCUUGGCAUAGAGAUGGAGUGAUGGGGUGAAGUUUCCCCUGCUGCAUUUCUUCCUGUUUGGUUUGUGCGAAAGCAGGCAUGAUAUGUGGACCUCCAGGUGUUGUUUGAAGUAGAAGUUCCAUGGUUGGGGGGUGAUGGAAUUUGGAGUCAACAACAAGAGGUGGGCAGUGGUUCAUCAUUCAUGUGUUAACAGCACAAGAGUCUAGAUAGAAAAAGUGAUGUACACUUAUAAUUGCAGCUAACAUUUGGGGAAAUUGCAUAUAUUUCAUAAAUUAUAGUUGUGUUGUUAAUAUGUUCAAUCUCUGCUGCCCACGCUUUGUUUUUAAGUGCAAAGAGACUUCUUCCUUUAGCACGCAUGUCUCUGGCAUAGAUCAUCUGUGAGCUAACACCACAAGCCUAGUUUGUGAAAUCCACCAUCUGAUGUGGAAUGAAAAAGGUGAUUUUGCAAGGGCAAAUUACUCUCAGCCAAACUACAGUACACUUUUUAAGGCACAUGCAACAGAUACAGACACAAGUCUCCUGUUUUGUUUUAAGGAAUGGCAUGGGAUGCUUACCCCCUUACUCCUCUAGCUACUUUCCUGCUCAGAAUCGCCCUAUAAGCAGCUUUUUUGUCUCAAUAAUAUAGUGUUGGGCAAUCUAGCUGUGAGUAGCUUCUCGUUCCCUUUCGUGGAGGUUCUUUAAUUUUACAGAGGCUUCUCAUUGGUGGUCUUGAUUCACUACAUUUUAUCUUAGAACAUUGUGCAUAUUUAUGUACUUAAACAAUGUAUAUGCCGCUUAGCUACACUUGCCUCUAAGCAGAUGCAAAGGCAGCAUGUGACAAAUGUGUUUGCAAACAUGGGCAUAAUGCAGGCAUGCCCCCCAGGGAGCCAGGUGUGACUGCAGCUCCUCCCUGAGUGUACAGAUGGUGAUAAAUGCAGCUUGUGUGCUGUGUGGAAUGGCCCUGCCUCUCCGCACGACGGUGACUGAGGUGAGUUGUUUCUUCGUUCGGGGCUGGGAUGCUACAAGGGAGCCGAAUGCCUUUGAGGUGGGUCCUGAGAUGGCGACUCCGUGAGAUCAGCUCGCGCGGUGCAGAUCUAAGGCUCUCUUGCAAUUUCUGCCGAUGGGGGCGGUGAGUAAACAGAGCGACCCGGACUGUGCAUACACAGUGUUGGCGCUCGCUCGCUCGCUGUGUCUGUGUUGGGCGCUGGCAGUCGCCUCAGUCCCCGCCUCCUUACGCAGAGCCACCCGGCCCCGUUUUCAUGAAUGAAAUCCAAUCGGCCGAGUAUAAAUAGACCCGAAGGCUGCCGACGUCACCAUGAGAGCGGCUCCUACCGCUGCUCCGGAGCUCUGCUCUUUUGCAUUGCACUCCAGAUUCACCCUGAAUCCCGAGGGGGGGGGGAGGGAGGAGCGGGUCUAGCCGGAGAGAGCGCAUCGGCUGCAGCUGCAAGAACGGGGCGAAGGGCAGCUCCAGCGCCAUGCUGCCUUUGUGCAAAGUUGGCGGGCGGCUCUCUGGCAUUGCGCGCCCCGCGUAAGGAGCGGCUGCUGCUGCUGCUGCCGGGGGCUGCCGCCGUUGCUCAGCCGCGGAGGCUGCAAGGCACCAGUCCCUGCCGGGUAAGGCGCCGUGUUCCGCCGCCGCCGCGCGUGAUCGUGCCCAAGUUUUGCGCGCGCUGCAUCCCAGCAUCACACCCCCUUCCUCCCGCGCCCGUCCGCUCGCUCGCGUGUUUGCCGACCACACGUGCAAGGUACCCUCUCCCAAAGUGUUAUAUGGCAGAAAGUUAGCGCGGUAGGACAUUCAGCCUGACGGGGGCAGUAACAGCGGGGUUGCCCCAAGGGAUCUCAGGCCUUUGACUCAGGGAGCUGGUGACAGCCCAUAACAGGGUCGCUCCCACACCGGUGGUCUCCCUUGAUGCCAGAUUUGCUGACCGGACACUAUUCCCAGGUUGGCACGGUUGACCGGCGGGAGGGAGGGGAUGCUCAUCACGGAAGUAUUGGCCGCAGAACCUAAAGGCAUCAUAACUUGUCCCCUUUUGUCCGUGCAAAUGCUCACUGGCCUGCCUUAGCCUUUGCUGUGUCGGCGGCGUCUGUUGUGGGUUGCUGUGACAACAGCCGGGGGGCUACCAUGAGAGGGCUUGCAAUGGACACAUUAGGGGGCCUACAAGUUCAAGCCAGCAACCAAUGGUUGCUUCUUGGUGUCUGAAGAAGAAGCCCACCAUAUAUAUUAUUAUAUGUCCUGUGUGUGUGUGUGUGUGUGUGUGUCAUGGGGAAAGCAAGUCUGCUGAAUGUUUGAAUGAGUAGGAGAAACACAGCUUGCAACCCAGCCAAGCCAUUUAUUUCAGCUGCAAGACAGCAGGUGUGCCACUAAUAGGAAUAGUCUUAAGAAGUCCUGAACUUUGGCUGCAUCAUGCUUAAUGAUAUUUAUACUGUAAUAAACAUUUUAAUAGAACGAUUGGGUUCCUCCUCCACCUUUCUCUGCCCCUGUUCCUUUUUGCUUGGAGCUUGUGGUUUCCUACAGCCCCAGCAUCCCUGUCAAAGCAGAAAAGGCAAGGCAAGCAGUUCGAGCCAGUCCUUUUGACCGACUUGGCUGCUGCUGGCCAUAACGCAAACCAUGCGGCUGAAAAGCUGGCUUUGCACAUCUGUUCGCACGGAACCGUGAAGUUCUGCAUAUGGUCACAGCGAGAGCUGGCAGGCGAUGCCAGAAUAUUCUCAGCAACUGACAGUAGCUCACCCGCCGUUUGUUUUCUGUUCCUGGACGUUCUCUUGAACAGCAGCCAAGCAUGUAGCGCCUAGCAAACUGGCGGCAUUAAAUAAAUGCUAAGUAGUGCUGGAGCUAUUUUUUAAAAAUAGGAGAAGAUAGAAAACAUGUAUGUGGCUCAUUCAACCUGUCAUAUGUAUUUUUGGAACCCGGCCAAUGGCCAUUAGAAUGGUUCGCUUAAUUAAUCAUUGCUAAGUCAGAAGUUUGCAGAAGACGGUUCUGCAUACCUAUCAUGCUUCCUUUGCCCUCUUCAAGAAAGUAUGUUUUGCUUACACCUGAAAUUACCUUUUAAAUUAUCUUUUUGUUUUAAUGAGCAAAGCUCUUCUAAAUGUUUUGUGAGCAAGAAAGCAAACAAAUAAGACUUCGUUAAAACAUUAUUUCCUUUUUAGUGUUGUUUUGCAUGCAUUAGUGGUAUCUAUACAGUGACUAAUCUGCAGUUCUCCAAAGGCCUGAGGAGUUGUGCUUCUGGACUACUUUUGGAUAGUUGAUAGCUGGGAUCAGUUGAAGUACAUUCUUAUCUAGGAGACACUUUUUUCAGUGGAUUGGGAAAAAAUCAAUCAUUAAUAAAAGCUAGAUACUGAAAUCCACACUCAGGAGAAUAGUUUUCAUCAUCUCUCAGGAAACUUUGAACACACUAUUGCUACAGUUUGAUCAAAAUCCAUAUAUGAAUUUGGCUUAAGUUUACAGUGUUUGCACUAAUAUUCCACUGUCUGCUCUUAGGCCUUUAUCACAUAAAAGCUUUAUUUGACAAUGAAUAGUUUGGCAUCAUUCUAACAAGAAGAAGGGUUAGUAAGGCAAUAAUUAAGUCCCAUCAUCCCUACAUCUAUUAAUAUAUAGAAUAAAGCAACAUAUUAAUAUACAAAUGGAAGGGAUGUGGGGUUUGGAAACAUCCAAUAAGGCUGUUUAUUUAAUUAUUUGGUAAAGUCCUUUUGCGUUAAAAUAUGGCAGUCAUAGAAAUUGAUUCAAAUACCAGUAAGUAAUAUUUUCUUGUUGUGAAGGAGAGAGAUACUGCAUCUAUAAAGACUUGUAUCUGAUAUCAUUUUCUCAGAGUAAUGGGAACAACUUCCCUCCUAAUGAUACAGUGGCACUUGCUGCAGUCCAGCAACAGUAAUGUAAGUGAUGUACAAAUGUAAAGGAGAGGAGGGCUUAGGAACAUAGUUUAACUUACCUCAGUAUUGUCUACACUAGCCUCCUCCAACCUGGUACCCUCCAGAUGUUGGUCUGCAACUUCCAUCAUCACUGGCCAUGGUGGCUGGGGCUGAUGGAGGCCAACAUCUGGAGGGUGUCUGGGUGGGGAAGACUGGUCUAUGCCGACGAAAUGUGGCUCUGCAAGGUUUCAGGCAGAGAAACUGUUCUAGCCCUGCCUGCAGUUGUCAGGGAUUGAAUCUAGCAUCUUCUUCAUGCAACGCAGAUAAACCAGCAUUGAGCUAAAGCCUUCCUCUUGUUGUAAUGGUGGAAGAGGUGCAAUGGUACACUGACAUUGUUGCUGUCAUUUGCGUUUAUUAUAGCGUAUGGUGCUUUCAGCAGAAGUGCUCCAUGGUGGUAAGCACUUCUUUUAAUAGUAAAGAAGAGAAAAGUGUACUCCAGUGCUAGGGGGCACUAGGGAGCUCACAUCUUCAAAGAAAAAGCAACGGGUCUAGACAUUGUGAGCUGCAGUGUGGAAAGGAAAACCUUGCCCUGCUUUUUCUUUAAGAGGCUACUGAAGCAUUCUUGAGCUGAAUGCUUAAACAAAUUUUCUGCCAUAUACUAAUGUAAAAACCAUGAAAACAUGUUCUUAGUCUGUAUAGACACUGAGAGAUCAUGUUUUGUCAUCAGUGAUGACACAAAACUGGCAUUGAUGUCAUAGGCACUAUUCAAUAGAUGGCUGUUGCAGGCAUAAACCUGGGCCAGGGGAUGUUAGAAUCUUAGUAGGUAUAUUUCAAAAUAUGAAAAUGCCACCAGAAAACUGGUUUGAUAGUGAUGAAAGUACAACAGGGGAAAAAGCCAUAAAUGUGUAUAUUGUGCACACAACAAGAAGAGGACAAUAGCAUUUCCCCAGCUCGGAAAAUGCAUCAGCUUUAUGAGCCUAAGAAGAAGAAUAUUGGUGUAUGCUUUCAUAUCUUUAAUUUAUACUGUAUGCCAGAGUGUUUGUACAAGCAAGCUGUCAGUGACCUCAAUGGCAGUGAGGGCUGUUUAAGAAUGUUUACAUUGGACAGUUGAGUUGAUUCAUAUGGGAAAAGAAUUCCUUACAACGGGGCCAUCCUGCAGGGGGACUAAGAAACAGAUUGGGGUGGGAUUCAUAGUGAAGAGACAAGCACAAAAAACACAAUUUCAGUAUGACUUUUUCUCCUUUGUUGUGCUUUAUGGUGCUGUUGCUUCAAACUUUGUUAAAAGUUACCAUUCAUACAUAAAGCACCAUUAAUAUGCAUGGCACAUUGCAGAGUAACAUAUUUUACUAUGUACGAUCCUUCUCUGUCUCCCCCACCCCACCCCAAGGAGUUUAUAUUAUAUAUUUUGUCAACAUCAGAGUCAAGGGAGGAGAGGAUAAGAGGAAAACAAGGGCAAUCAGGGAUAAAUGUGAGCUAAUGAAAUUUCAUUUAAUUAUGCUUCAUUUUGAUUGGUCCAAGGCAUCACAAAAAAGGUGCUUUUGCUUCUUUUGUAAUCUGCUGGUGUGGCAUUUGGCCACACAAAUGGACUACUGAGCUUUAUCCUAUCCUACAUCCAUGGCAGUGCAACUAGAAGCAAUGUCUUGAGAGAGUUGCUGCAGCAUUCAGUGCAAGGCAACUAGAGCUGGGCACUCUGCUGGCCUCCAAAAGCAAGGAGAAAACCAUGCUGCCAGAGCUGCCAGCCAACUAGCAUCAGGGCCUUAGAAUGAGGUGCAAGAGGCCAUUGGAAGCCUCAAUUAAACACUUUCCCUUUUGCCAUACACUUGCAGGGCUUACGGGCUUCAUGCACCAGUACCAAGGAACAACAUCAAUUUCUUCAGCACAGCAGAAAGUACCAUUUCCCAACAAGAAAAUAAAGGUCCGUCGAUGAUGGUGCUGGGAACCUGAUUCUAUGCUGAGCACAGAAUGCUGAAAAUAUUACACUGUUACAUCUGCAUCAGGAAAUGGUAGUGCAGAAGUCUCACAAAACAGGUGGUGGAAAGUGAGCUUGCCAGUGUCUCUUGUGCCAACUGCCAAGCCCAGGAGGAGCACAGGCAGAAAAACAGGCUCACUCAGACAUGGCAUAAUGUGGGUUUUCUGCACACAGUUUUGUAUUGUGAAAUGUUUUGAUUUGGAAAACUAGAAGCAUUACAGUGUGAAAUGUGAUUUCCUACAACAAUUUUCAGAUGUUUUCAGUGUAAACACUGCACAUCAGCUGCAAGCUAAAUAAACCAACUCAGCAUUGACUGUUGAUUGUUGUGUCAACAUGCUUUGGUUCUAAUGUUACUCACGCUGCAGAAACUGGUAAUUUCAAGGCAAAAUCCAGGAUUUGUACUAGGGAAGGAAUUCCCCUUUUAUUUUCACACUGCUUUACGAUACAAUGGGAACCUAAUAAUUGUAUUGCUUAGAUCAGAUCGAAGUCUAUGUAGUCCAGCAUUCCGUUUCUAGCAGAAGGCAGCCAGGUAUUUUUGGAAGUUCAAAAGCAGAACAUGAAGAUCAUAGAAUUGUAGAGUUGGAUGGGAUACCAAGGGUCAUAUAGUUCAGCCCUUGCAAUGCAGGGAUCGCAGUUAAAGAAUCCAUGAAAAGGGCCACUCAACCUCUGUUUAGAAACCUCUAAUAAAGGAGAGUCCACCUCCUUCCAGGAUAGUUCAUUCCACUGUCAAACAGUUCUUACUGUCAGAAAGUUCUUCCUAACGUUUACAUGGAAUCUCCUAUCCUAUAAUUUGAAUCAGUUGGGUUUUGAUUGUAGCUAUUGCUUCGGAAAGGCUGUCUGGUAUGGAUAAUAUUGUUGUGGACCAUCUUUAUGCCCCUUUUUGUCGAGGUGAUACCCUAAAACUUUUCUUUCCCAACACUAAGUAGUAUGAUUUUGUAGAUGAUACAGGCUGCUAGCCCGUGUAACACAAGAUGUAAUAUUUCAGCUAGAGCAACUCUAUCAGUGAAGCAGCAUGUGUUUGUAUAUUAACUUCUGCUUCUAAAGUUGAAUUUAAAGGGGUAAUGAUCUCAUAGGAUUCUUAAACAAAACGUGCAUCAGCUCAGAUACUGCCCUGAUGAACUGCAGGCUUGCUCAUUACUUCUAUCCUCCUCUGCAUGUGGAGGCUAAGGGUGAAAGCUUCCACUUUUGAUUAAACUAUGCCUUCCUAUUACAUAUAAGAUCAAGGAACUGUGGUGUGUUCUUCUUGAUUAGCAAAGUACAAUUUCGGAGUUAAAAUACACCAAAGUUUGUACAUAACUGUAGCUUAGAAGAAGGGAAGAGAACAGAACAGAUGAUUGCACUCCCUGUCGUCCUAUUCUUCCAAGGUUGGAGUUUUUCAAGAGUUUGGAGAAGCCCAAAGUUUCAAGGCCAGCACCAUAUCAGGGUGACAAGAGCAGACAUUCAGGGAUCCAGAAUGUGUCAGUAUAUUGCUUUUGAAUAUUAGUGAUCAUGCCCUCCACCUCUUGGGCCUUAACGACAAAGGCACCAGCAUAUGCUACAGAUCAAAAAGAAACAUCUCUGCUAUCACAAGAUGGAAGGAGCAUGUAAAUCUGGGUCUUUGGGAGGGGAUGAAGUCCAGAAUUACCAAGAAAAACCUAUUCUGCUAUUCUUAUUUAGCUGCUCUCAAAUAAGUAGCAUUUUUUGUCCCAGAAACAGAAUAGGACCUUUGGGUCGGACCUUUGGUCAAGUAGCUGAACUUGUCCUUUGCCUCCUGAAAUCCAAUUUGUUUGAUGUAACAGCAGCAGCAGCAAAGUUUCUCUGUCAAACAAAUAAUUCUAACAUGAGUGUGGUUGUUUUCUUUUUUGACUUCAGUUUUUAGUAGUUAUCUUGAAAUGGAACUCUAGCAUACCUGAAGAAAAGAAAAGAGGGGAGGAAAGGCAAUAAUAGAGCCUAGUGUGAUAUAGUCAGUUUUAGAAAACAAAGUGCUAUGCAUCGAAGGAAGUGAAUAACAGCAAAUUAUUCUGUUGCAGCUCAUGGGCAGCCAGUGCUUUUGACUUCUAGAAAUUUUAUCUCUAUGUCCUUGACCAUCUGCAUUCUUUCUACCAUUCUCCUUUUAUCUGCCCCAGCUUUCUCAUGCAGCCUUCUUUUCGGAAACUAACCAGUUGUACUUUGUAUUGCCUUUCUUCACCAGAGUAACCUUAUAGGUUCUGACUAUGACACUGUAUCUUUCUUCCUGGUAAAUUUUUUAAAAGCUCAGUUGUUUGACCACAUCUGCACUGCUUUUUCAGCAUGGUCUUCGGCUAUAGUUACGAAUCCCAAUUUCAAUGAUUUAUUUUCCUCUCUUGUCUUCCUCUUGCUCCUACAAGCUGUGUAGUGUUGUAUGCUUCUGUGGUGGGUGCAGAGGGCAGGGGCAGGUGUGUAAGGGUGGGGGUGUCCAGAAGUUAUUUUGCAUACUUGGGAUGCAUCUAGAUGUGUGGGGGUUUUUUUACACCUGCUUUUAUUCACCUGAGUUGAUGGAACAGUUGUACACUACAUUUCUUCAGUUGCCACUCUUCUACCCAUUCAACCCUCUCCAGUCCGAAAAGAAAUGCUAGCAAUUAUCUCAUCCCUCCUCCUUUGAUUUCAACAACUUGUAAAACAUAAAAGGAAAAGAACUUGUGUUGUUAUUCAUAUGCCACUGUUCCCUAUAAUGACUCAUCCAUUAUUUUGCCCCAGGAGUGGAGGGAGCACAACCCUGUUGCUCUUCUUAGAUCUUUCAUUAGCGUUUGACACUAUCAACCAUGGUAUCCUCUUCUGCAGUCUAUAGGAUGUUGCCACCAGGAACACUGUUCUCCAUGGAUCCCAAUCUUAUCUCUGGGGGCAGUUCUAGAAGGUAGCAUUGGAUGAGUGUUUCUUGACCCCCUAGCUCUUGAGCUAUGGGGUGCCACCAGUGUUUGAAAUACACUUACCAAACACUUGGCUUUUUUAUUUAGUACAUACAUUUUAAUUUUAUCUGAUUACAAAAUAGUUUUAUCUGAGGCUUACAUUAGAAACAGUCAUGACUGUUGAUGUAUUGUAGCUGUCUGUGACACUACAAGUCAAAGUCCCUUAACUUGUUUAGACUUCCCCCAGCUUCCCUCCUCUACUCAUUCUGUUGACUAUGCUUUUAUGCUCCCUGUGGCCAUAAAGUUGUCUAUGAAUUGCCCCCGCUGUGGUUUUCCUAAUGCUCUAGCUUCCUACAUGCAUAGAGCAGCAUGACCAGUUAAUGUAAUGUUGUUGCUCCACUCUAGACUGGUAAUAAAUAUACUAUAAGUCAGAUCCCCCCUAUAAUUAGCCUUCACAUUUCAGUGCGUGAACUUUUGCUUAGGUAAUAUUUAGUUUUUACAUUACCUAUGUCUCAAGAGCUGUGUCAACUGAAACAAAAGUAAAAUUAACACUAGUUACAGUCCAUCCAUUAUUAAAACAUCUCUUAUUGCACUUUACAAAGUAUAAUUGAUUGGACAGAACAAAUACUGAACAGCAGAAUAGCACUUAAAACUACUGGAAGAAUGCUUUUAAUGCUCAUUCUAUAGCUAUGAAGGGGGGAGGACUGUACUUAUGCAGCACGCAUAAAGGCGAAAUUGCUCGCCGCUGUAAUUAUACCUGUUCCUUAAUUCUGAAAUUGCUUUUCUGUGUAGAAAAAUACAGUGCAACGAUAAAAGAUUUAAUUAAGUUUUGACAGCUAUUGAACAUUUCCAGGAAGGCUUCUGUUUAAACAGAAAAAUCUUAGGGUUCCCUCACCUGCAAAUUGUGGUGGUUGUUUGGCUCUGUCCUUCAUAUAUACUAGGCGAAAUUGUCAGGUUAGGGGGUCCUUGUUUGUUUCUGAUGAGUCUUUAUUCUCCCUGCCACUUCUGGACACUAGAGUUGGAUCCCUUCAGCAUGACAUUUGCAGACUGGUGAACAAACAUGUUCAUAUAGGCCCAGGAAUCUCAUGUCUUGGACCUUGGCACAAUUUUAUGCCAACACAUGUGGCUGGUGGGGGGAGGAGGAGUAUUGCUGAAUUACCCCUCCCCUCACCAAAGAAAAAUAGAUGAAGAGAUUUGGUGGAGAAAACAAGGGGCGUUUCAAGACUUGACUGUCAGAUUAUUCAGUGCUACCCUUCCCCACCCAAAUGAAUACAAAAGAAAAUGUAGGGUGAUUGGAAAACAAAAGUGAAUUAAUUCCCCUACAAGCCAUUCACACUGAAAUGUAUUUAUAUGCUAGACAAUGUGGGCUUGCAGAUUCACUGAUAUCUUUAAUUGAAUGAUUAUCCAUUUUUCUUAUGGGAAACUCAAUAAUGCUUUGCCCAAGAGGAUGCAAAAGCAGGGUAAUGUUUGUGGACUUAGUUCCAGUUUUCUUGUGCUGUUCUGUGCAAGGUCUGGUGCUGUUUGCAUUCAGAAGGGAACCUUUGGACCUAGCACCCAUGUGAUGAUCUGCAAAACACAGUUCUUCACUUUUGUGUGGAACUUCAUCACCAAUUUUCUCCUCUAAACUUGGGGCGGUGGGAAGGAAAUACAAAACAUGAACUUGUGCUUUCUGUAAAAGGUAAAGGUAAAGGGACCCCUGACCAUUAGGUCCAGUCGUGACCGACUCUGGGGUUGCGGUGCUCAUCUCACUUUAUUGGCCGAGGGCGCCGGUGUACAGUUUCCGGGUCAUGUGGCCGGCAUGACUAAGCCGCUUCUGGCGAACCAGAGCAGCGCACGGAAACACCGUUUACCUUCCCGUUGAAGCGGUAUCUAUUUACAUGCUUUCGAACUGCUAGGUUGGCAGGAGCAGGGACCGAGCAAUGGGAGCUCACCCAGUCGUGGGGAUUCGAACCGCCGACCUUCUGAUCGGCAACUCCUAGGCUCUGUGGUUUAACCCACAGCACCACCCGCGUCCCUAUAAAGCCGCCGUGCUUUCUGUAGCAAAUUGUUUAAACAAAACAACCCCAAAAAUUUAUCAACACUGCUUGGAAAUGAGAUAACAAGUUUUACAUAUCCUUGUGAGAGUACACUCUUAAUUUAGACAUUAAUCUGGUUGAUCUUGAAACUUUUGCCUCUAAAUCAUUUGCAUUGUUGUUGAGGUUGGUUUUCAUUCAGAAUUAAAAAGGUAGAGCAGGGCAAAGAUUUAUGGAAUCCUCUGUGCACAGUAUAAUAGGAUAAUAAAGUUGACACAAGUCAGAAUAAAAUACGGGUUCCUCUAGUUUUGCUUGUAAAGCAGUGCACUCCUAUUUUAGUUGUUAACAGGUGUUAUUUUUUUUCAGCCAGGUUUUAUGCUCCCAAAAGCACAAGUGGAUCAUUUAAGAACAAGCUUACAAUUUGUAUCCAAAUUUUGAUGGGUCAAGAUGCUGCCAAAAUGCUUUAUGCAGCAGUAAUUUGUUCCAUUUUUAAUGCUGGUAGUUUUUGUAGCAUAACACUGAGGAACCUUUUCUUAAGCACAUGAAUAUGCACACUGGUGACCAAUGAUUAGCUGCAGGUGAAUGGCCUGCCCUGUGAAUGGCCAAUGUAUGUUCAAGGGUGAGCAUUUAAGAUCAAAAGUGGUGCUCAUUUUAUAAUGAGCCAAGUUUGUUCAUUACUAGUGUCAGUUUGUAGGGCACUCAAGAAAUCUGUUCGGCUAAUUUCCUUAGAAUUAACCUGGGUAUGACUCCAGAAUGUAAAGUAUUGUUUCUUAACUGUCCAGGGGUCCUUUACCUUUACCUUAUGAUUUGUAACAGUUUCGCUUCUGUAAACUAUUUAUUUUGGAAAGGAUUUUUUUUUGUCUGUUCUUUAUGUGUUUGGGCACCUCUUAAGAUACCGUAAAAAAUUAAUUUUAUGAUGAUUCCUGAGGUCAAAGGGCAGGUUUUUGUCUGUUUGGAUACAGUUGGAUGCCAUUUUGAAUCAAGAUGGCAGACUGAACCUUUCAAAAUGCCAGUGAUUUUAACCACUGGUUUCUAAACUGCACUGAUGCUUUUGCUUUUGUUUAUUAGAAUUCCAAGGCAAUGGCAGGUUCGAGGCUACUGGUUUUUCAGAAAGUAAUACAAGCUGGUUGCUGUUGUUUUAAAUGUAUUUCCCUUUCAUGUUUGCUGUGAGGGAAUAGCAGUGAGCACUCACAUUAAUGUGAUGGAGCUGUGUCACACUUUGUGUGGCAAAGGCUAAAGCAACUGCUGUCUGGUCCUGUUGGCAAUCCUAGCUGCACCAUGCUUUAUCUCCUUUAAGCAAGUUUAUGUUUAUAGAAAACCAAGCAGAAAAUAAGGAAGGCAGGCAUUCAAGGUCAAAAGAACUGCCUGGAUUUUAUGAACUGUGUGGAGUUUAUAAAUCAGCCUUGGCAGCAGUAUAGUUUAGUCUGAACUUCAAUCCUUACCUUUGAGCAAGUAAAGGGGGAAAAAGUAGAACUCUCUUUAAAUAAUAGGGUUUCCUACUGUUAGAAACUGGCAUUAUUGUCUUUUUACAGUCUCCGGUACAUGGAUGCUGACAUGGACUACGAAAGACCUAACGUUGAAACCAUCAAGUGUGUGGUUGUUGGUGACAAUGCAGUGGGGAAGACUCGCUUAAUUUGUGCAAGAGCAUGUAACACCACCCUGACGCAGUAUCAGCUGCUAGCAACUCACGUUCCUACAGUCUGGGCAAUUGAUCAGUAUCGAGUCUGCCAAGAGGUAUGUACUGUCCACUUUAUCAAGUUGUGCAAUAAUGUAUAAGGAAGUUUGCCUUGGCAUCAACCAGUUAUUGGCUUUAAGUGUUGCUGCUUUGUAACAGUCAGUGGAGUUGUGUGUUUUGAAGGCAUGGUGUUCAGGAGAGAGAAGUAAUUCAAAAUGGACCAAGUAGACUGGUCUUCUGUCAGUGCUGAUAGAACAUAUUUUGAAAUCAUUGGACCAUUCUGUUCAAAAGUGACAGCUCUAUAUGGUUGUUGUUUGAAAUAUCUGUGUUGUGUUUGAAUACAUACAUCCUUUUAGAGUUUAUUUAUCCAGUCUCCUUUGUUUUAAAAGUAUAAUAUUUUGUAAAUAUCUUAGCCUCUCCUGAACAGACAACUAAGCUUUCCUGUGAUGUUUAAACAGAGGAAAACCUAUGUCUUACACACAUUGUGGAUAAUACAUGGAAUCUUUCCUGUAGUUCAUUUUUAAAAGGGUUGAUGUCCAUUCAGUUUCAGGACUCUGUUAUGUUGGGAAUAUCUCAGCACCCUGUUUUGAUUCACAGACACCCACACCCCUCUCUUUUCUGGCUUCUGGUCUUGGUGACUGAGCAAGGCUGAUAUACCCUCCACAUAGCAGUGUGACAGAAGAAAUUUCAGCAGGUGCAGCAGGUCCUGUAAUAGACCUUGAAUGAGAAAGGCUAUGCUUGUUGGAUUUCAUUUUCAGUGCAACUUUAAUAAAAAAAGUUCAGGAACUUUGCUGCAUCUGGUGGCUCUAGCUGACAGUGUUCUUAAUAAAACCUGUGCCAAAGUUGAAAGCUGCUCACCUUUCAGCUCACCAUGUGCAUUCACAAGUGACCCCCAAAUCAGGUUUCAGUGCUGCAGAGCUUCACAGUGACUUGUUUCUCAUAUCACAAACUGUAGUUUGAUGUGGGCUGGUGCAUGUUGCUUAAAAUAUCAUGCAUUGUUCGUCCUCUGCUCCUUUCUUCAGUGUGCCAGGGAGGAAACAGAAUUAGAAUCUGGCUUGCCAUUCCAUGCAAAUCAGUACUUGUGGUUUGUUUCUUUCAUUACAAAUAAUCACAGUUUGUUAGGAGAAGAAGAAGAGAGAGAGAGAGAGAGAGAGAGAGAGAGAUGAACCACGCUGGUGCGUAAGAAUCCAAAUUAAUUGCAGCUAAGUCUGAGUAAUAUAUAUAUUUAAAAGUUUUCUAAACUGCCCUUCACCUAAAGGUUCCAAGGUAGGUUACAACAAUCAUUACCUUAUAUUAUAUUGUUGUAUCCUGUCCCGGGACCUUAUGACAGGUAAAAUUAAAAAAAAAAAAUUAAUUAAGAGAGAACAUAAAUGGCUAUAUUUAGACAUUAUGCCAAACAAUGUAUUGUAUGAACCAUAGUUUAUAAUCCAGGCCACGUUUUGAAUUUUAUGAAUGUGCAACACUGUGGUUUAGCACUGCCUGUCUUUCCAUCCUCUCAAUACUCACCUUCAUAAAUUCACUCUGGGCCUUCAAAACCUAACUUCUGGUUCUGGUUCAGCAAUCAGAAAUCAUGCCAGAACAUUAUCAAGCCUCUGUAACCAUGAUUUGGCACAAUUUCUCAAGUAAGCCUUUGACCAUGUCCCAGAGGAUACAGAUAUAUUAGGACUUUCUUCAGGGAAUUGUAUCUGCAGCAAACUUUUAACUGAUAGAAAUGUACCUAUUUCAGGUUCUUGAACGUUCCCGGGAUGUUGUUGAUGAAGUGAGUGUUUCUCUCAGGCUCUGGGACACAUUUGGCGAUCAUCACAAAGAUAGGCGCUUUGCUUAUGGAAGGUAAGUGGGAGUUAGCGCAAAUUUUCAUUUGCAAGUCAAGUAAAACCUAGUGGGAAAAGAACUGCAGCUUUGAAGUGUGAAAUGUGAGGUAUUAAAUUUAUCAAGAGUGUUCACAUUCCUCUUUCUUUCGAAGAACAGCAUCUAUCAGAAGGGUUAUGAAUAUAUACAUCUUUGAAGGGAAUAUAGCUUAUCUAUGUAGUUUAUCAGUGCCAUAAAGGUUUUGAGCAAAAGUCUUGAAACAUUUUGCAUUUCAAAGACCAUUUGCAAAAAUGUAAAAAAAACACACACCCUGAAGUGUUGUCAGUUGCUUGACUGGCCAUGAUGAAAGGUAAUCAAUUCACUUAUUGCUAAAAUAGCUGCCAGGUGUUUUAAAGAAUACAAUACAAAUGCUUGUGAUUCUGCACAGGGAGAAAUCUUUCACAACUACAACUGCUGUACAAGCAUAUGAUGUGAAAUUUGACUAACACAGAUUCUCCUUCAUAUUUGAGUGUAGCGUGACUCCGUUUUCUCCAGGCUAUUCAUGGGUGUCCAGUUCUGAUAGGCAUGUUGGUGUGGAUGAAGGAAAUGCUUUUUGUCCUCGAGUCCUAAAUUUAUUGGCCUAAGCACAGUUUGACCAGGGUUAGAGUAAUAAUUGCUUAAAAUGCAUGUAGAAUUGUAACCUGAUUGAAGUCCAUUAAAGACUUACUUCCUAUUUUGUUGAUUUAAAUGUAACUAGAGGAAACAGGUUGUGUUACCUGAAUAUCAGAUAUCCUUUCAUCAGCAUUACAGACCACUGGCCGGGAUCCAGAAAGCUACUUUAAGCAUAACGCUAAAGUUUUGGGUAUCAGAAGUAGUUUUGUAUGCCUGCCUGUAGCACUGGGGGGGGGGGUGCUGAUGAAGAGCUACAAGCCCAAACCCCAUUGGCUAUGCAGAACCAGUUGUGUGGUUCUUGCAAUUCUGGCAUUUGCAUCUAAGCUCACCUUUCAUUUGCUGAUAAUAAGUUUGUAUUGCCUUCUUUGUUUAGUACUGGUGGCUUAGUACAUUGCAACUUGGGUGAUGUCUGCAUGGGCAGUAAUUUAGUAGUUUAAUACAGUCUAUAGUGGUGGUAGUAUUUUACUCUGUUAGUCCAGUCAUAUGGGAGGAGACAGAUGUAACAUUUUUAACAGUACUUCAUCCACAUUAGGAAUCUGAUUUCACAGUUUCCUUUAUACAGGUUUUUAGACUUGCCCUUUCCCGUAUGCCUAAGGCAAGGUAUCCCCCUUAGAUAUGAAAUAUAUAGGGCAUUUCAUGCAUGUAUACUCAUAUAUGUUCAUCCUUCAAUUUACAUAUUCUGUCAGCAGUUUAUAAACACUGUGAAGGAUUGAGAGAAGGGAAGAUAUGUUAGCAACACCAUAAACAUUAGCCAAUAGACAUCUGGCUUUCUCUCAGCAGGCUUAUAGAACUAAGAAUAAACCAUGUCACAAAAAUGCACAUGCAUUUUCAAGGCAUGGGCAGUUAUUUCAGACUACUUCCAUCACACUUAAAAUGUAAUAGCUUCAGUGUGUCUCGCCCAGCAAUUGUAUACUGGGUAGGAGAGGAAAAGAACCAGCAAUGAAGGCAGCCUCGUAUAUUAUGGCUCUCCCACGUGGAAGCUGCAGAAAUGGCUUUUAUGAGACCGUCAUAAUAUUUGCAAGCCUCUUAACUGUGAGCACAUCUCUGGUUGUAUGGCGAAUCCCCAUGCACAAAACUGCAUGUUUCUGAUAGAAGCUGGUAUCAAAACCUAUCACACCAUCAGGCUGAAGCAUGUGAUCAAAAGUUCACAAACAUUAGAGCCCCUAAAUGGGGGCUGUAAUGUAUGGGUGACCCUCAGAAGUUAUCACAGAAAGCAGGGCUGUAGGACAAUGAAAAGCAACAGGAGCAAGUAGCAAAAGCAAUGGGAGGGAUAAGGAGAUGUGUUGCAUCAAGCUGGGAGGGAAGCUUAUGCAAACACAGAAGAGGUUUGCUGUGCCAUUCCUUGAUUUGGACGCUUUGGCCAUCCUUGCUGCUUCUUUGAAUUCACUUUCCUGAUGCAGAGAGCUUUGUGAGAGGUGACUAGUGCCUUAACUGCUUGUUUUUGAAAGGCAAGCAAAGCCCUAAUUAAAGCAUACAAUUUAAAUUCUUUCUAUGUUUAAGUAUUGCACUUGAAUGCACUGUUCAAAGAUUGCAAAAUAUAUAAUGCAUUUUUCAAAGUCACAAAAUACUAAUUUACUUAGGUGCUAGCAAGUUUUAAAUUAAGUGGUUCCUGUGUUUACUCUUCGUCUCCCUGCUUGCUGUGUCCUUAAGUCAACAUACACUCUGUCACUGAGCAGAUUAGUAUAGAUUAAGAGGGCAAAAUCAGGCAUGUUCCAGUUUUUGGAGAGAGAAGGUGUAGGAUGACAUAUUUUAUGCCCACUCCUACAAAGGUUAUGCAUAUUUUAUUCAGGAAUAGUUAUGUGAGGGUCAGAGCAAUCCAAACAAGGGACUGGGGAUAUAAUCUCAUGGACUGGAACCAACUGGGGAACCCAAAAGGGAAGAAGGCUCAGAGACCAGGGACUGGUGGUGGGACAACGGAGAGGGAGAAGACUGGGAGGAGAAGGUGUUGGAAGCUGAAGAUUUAACAGGGCUUAGUGAGCUGAGAGAGUCUGUGGCAGAGACAAGGCCAUGAUCAGAUGCAGGAGCUGAAGCAAAAGAGUGGGGUGAGAGAGGCCAAGAGGCAGAGAUGAGUCAGGUUGGUGAAGUGUGACAAGUGUUUCCAGUUCCUGCUGUGAACAAGCUCUGCUCCCUUCUUGUCUCCAGAACCAGAAAAGGCUUGAAAAGAGUGGAGUAGAGAUCAGUGACGCAGAAGUACAGUCUACUGGGAGAAAACCCUGGAGAGGAGGGGACUUAGCCAGCUGUGGGGAGAUGGGGACCUUCAGUCUCUGCAACUGCUCCAUGAGGGCAAGACCUACCGGAGAUGAGUUGCUAUGCUCAUUAGGCCUGACACUACUGUGUUGAUCGUGUUUUUGCUAAUAGUUAACUCCAGCCUUCACAGUGUGAUUUACUGCUGGCUAACCCAUGACAGCUGCAUCCAAAACACUGCUGAAUCCAAAAAUCUGCUGGCCUGGCCAGAAGGUGGGCGAGCGGGGAGUUUUCGUGUUUUUUCUGUACCAGCUCCUGGCACAACAGAGGGUUAGAACAGUUUUGGAUCUGUUAGAUUCAUGGCUGACUCAGCUACCCACCUCCCAACUAUUUUGGGGUGCAAUGUCUGUGGCUGCUCACAGCUGUACUUGUCCACUGUCCAUGAUUUGGGUGCAGAAAUGCCCACCUAAUCUUCCCGCCACCAUCCCCAGCAGCACUGACUGAGGCUUAGAAUUGUGCUGUAAAAGUUAUUUCCUUAUGGAAAAUGUUGGUAAAAUUGACUUACCUCAAUGUUGAAAAGCAAUAAUGAACUUUUCUUAAUCUUAAUCAAGGGUUUUUCAUAGCUGCCAAGCUGUGACAUUCAAAAUCAAACAUGCCUGCAUCUUUUUUCCAGUGGGGAUAAAAGUAGCUGGGUAGAGAUUUUCAGCAAUAAAACAGCACAAGGAUAAAGGGUUACGAAGCUCCCCCCCCCCCCUUUUCUUGUUUUGCUGGGCUUCUGCUUCAUCAUGUAGCCUCAGUGUAUGUAAGAGGAAAAAUGGUCUGGAAAAAGAAUUGCAUAACAGCACAUAACGUGUGCUUUCAUCCUUGAGAUCACUUAAUGUGGAAUGGCUAGUUCAAAGCACUCCCUAACAAUGAUGUUAAACUACCAGAGAAAUAGUAAAAUGGUGGAUUUUCCCACACUUUAUAAUGGUGUUUAUGGGUGAAAUGGGGGUUUUGGUCUGCAUCUGUGGUUAUGAGUUUAUAAUGUUGACUCUUCCCACCCCCCACUGGCUGCUGAGUUAAAUAUCAUGGAGGACACGUUUUUGAGCUUGUGGUACUUCCUCUUCCAUUUGUGCAAAACACACACCUCUCUCUGAUACAUGUAUAUGCACAUACAUACAUACAUACUCUUCUCUCCCUGCAACCUAUUACUUUGUGUUUUCUCCUCUUCUGUUUUAAUUUUGUGCCAUGCAGAACUGAUCUGGUGUCUUGGUGCUAUUUGAGGGUUAUAUUUUCCAUUCGGUUUCUGAUCAAACCGUGUUUUAGCAUGCUCAUCAUCAUGAAUUCACGUUCAGUUUAUUUCCGUUCUGCUUGACCGGGGCUUUGUUACAGUAGACAUGCAUGAGGUAUGGGAAAGGUUCCUGACCUCACUAAUUGUCAGACAUAAGAUAAGAAGGUUAUAUAAAAAUUGUUCAAAGGAUAGAUCAUAACACAAAUAGAAGAAGUCAUGCUCAACUUUUUAGGACUGCCUUUCUCCAUAAGAACCUACCUGGACCCUGAGAUCAUACUCUGAGCCGUUCUUCUUGUGCCUCCUCCAUGAGAGGUCAGGAGGGUGGCAACAUGAGAACGGGCCUUUUCUGCAGUGGCACCCUUCAUUCUAUCUACACCUUUAGGUACCAGGCAAAAAUAUUCCUCUCCAACCAGGCCUUUGGCUAAUUAAUAUCCAAUAUGCCUUUAAAUGCAUUGUAGGAGAAGGGGGGGUUAUUAAGUAUUAUGUGUUUUUUAUCUUACAUUUUUGUGUUGUGAACCACCCUGAGAUGUACAGAUGAAGGGCAGUGUACAAAUUUAAUUAAUUAAAAAUAAAAAUAAAAGAUGCUAAUCUGCUACUGCAGCCUCUAAGUCUGAUAUCACAUGACAAUUAGCAGAGGCAUGCUGGUAAAACAUGGUAUAUUAUGUGCAUUUAUUCAUCACAACAAAAUAGAGAGGAAUAAAUUAGUGAAUUUCAGUGUAUAUUAAUUUAUAUAUCAUCAUAAUACUUAAUAGUAUGGGGAGGGGAAGGACAAGUGCAGGCUGUCACUUGAGUAUGAAAGUAGAGGGAUAUUCUUGUAUUUUAAUCUGUAAGGGUUGGGGCACGUGUUUUGCGUGUAACUUCCCUUCUAAAUAAUAUGCAUUAUUUGUGUGAACAAGCUGGACAUAAGGCUUUGACCUCCCCCGUCCCUUUUUCAUUUCUUUAAGGCUUUUGGCUCAGAACAAUAAAAAAUUACAUCAAAUUGUCAAAAAUAAUUAGACUAGUAAGAUUUAUUGGCAGGUGCCACAGAAUAGUCUCUGUGCUUGGUAUUGUUUUAAUAUUUGCUUGUUUGUUUUAGUUUUUAGUAUUUUAGAUGUGUACAGUGGUACCUCGGGUUAAGAACUUAAUUUGUUCUGGAGGUUUGUUCUUAACCUGAAACUGUUCUUAACCUGAAGCACCACCUUAGCUAAGGGGGCCUCCUGCUGCUGCUGCGCCGGCGCUGCACAAUUUCUGUUCUCAUCCUGAAGCAAAGUUCUUAACCUGAGGUAAUAUUUCUGGGUUAGCGGAGUCUGUAACCUGAAGCAUAUGUAACCUGAAGCGUAUGUAGCCCGAGGUACCACUGCACAUGUUUAUAUAACAUAUAAUAAUAAUAUAAUAUAAUAAUAUGUUAUAUACCAGUAACAUUAGUUUAUAUACUAAUAAUCAUGAUUAUAAAUAAAUGCAUACUUAGAGGGAGUUUAGUUUUGUUAAACUACUUUUACUUGAUUAGUGGAUUAAAUUUCAUUCUGUUUUAAAGACUGUUUCAUUGCUUUGCUGCAUAUCUGUUCCAUUUUGUUAAUGGAGCAUAAAGAGUAGUCUUUAGAAUGUGACGUGCUCUUUGUAGUGAUAUGAAGCUCUUGAAAUUCAGAGAGGCUGGGUGUGCUCUCGUGUGGCAUCUUGCCUGUUCUGAACCUGGAAUCAGGGAUAUAGAAGAUAGGCUUCAUCUCAGUGUAGUGAAGUCAUGUACCUAGGUCACAUCUACCACACUAUCCAUUGAAAGUACUUUUAACAGGCAUGGCUCCUCCCAAAAUAAUAAUAAUAAUAAUAAUAAUAAUAAUAAUAAUAAUGAGAACUGUAGUUUGUUAAGGGUGCUGCCCUUCGAGCUAUAAUUCUCAACACCCUUAAGAAUCCUAAGAUUUUUUUGGGGAAGCCUUAAGUGUUAAAGUGAUACAUGAAUGUGGCUUAAUGGGUUUUUAGCUAUUUAGACUUCAGCUUCAAGAGCCUAUCACCAUCACUGGCAUAAGAAAAGUUCCUCCUUUUCUCUUGUGCACUGCCUGCUUCAAAGCUUCCUCUCUUGGCACUGCAAGGAAGGGUUCCUCGACAGGUGAUUUGUUGAUACAGUUGCCCAUUUACGGAACUGUGUAGCAGAACUCAAAGAAGGACCACCGUUGACUCAAUUUUAAUUCAUGCCUUUCUAGGAAAGUAUAUACAGAUUAAAGCAUUUAUUGCUUCUAAGUAUCAUAUUUUGUUUUUAUGGAAAGUUCGGAUUUGGAGAAGGCUGCUUAGGUGUCAUUAUGCUAGGCUUAAUGCAUGCAUCCCUUUUUAUUCUUUACCUAGUAUUCUUGCUAAUAUUAUUCUGAAAUGUGCAGUGCUAUUUUUUUUAUAUCAGGAAAGCUCUUUUCAAUCUCCAAGGAAGUAUUAUAGCAAAACCUUGUGCAGAUGAACUUCAAAAAUAAAAAUAAAAAUGUAUUGAGCUGCAUUCUGUAGUCAUCCAGUUUUCACUGGGUACCUCUUGAACAGUAGAAUGACAAGCAACCACAGAGUGUGACUUACAAAAGGAAGAUGGAAGCACAUUGCAGGCAACAGCAGCAUGUGAGAAUGAACUGGAGCAACGGUCAGCUUUGAGUUUUUAUUCAAAAUCAGGGAUAGGGGAGGGAAAUGGUAAGUUUUACUUACGUGAAGAUUACUAAUGUUUUCUGUGGGUGCAACUUGGUGGUGUGUUCAUUUCCUUUGCUGCAUUUAAAGACAAAUGGGAAAGAGUAUAUUUUCUGAAGAAAAUUUCUAGUUAGGACUGCUUCACACAUCACUUUUUUCCUACAUGGAGAUAACCAUAAAGAAAAGAGCAGAUCAUACCACUUGAGAGUUCUUGUAGCAAAUACGCUGAUGAAGUAAGACAAAUGGUGUGGUUUUGGUGAAAAUAACAGUACUCUGCAGCUCAAUACUAGUUAAUAUGCUCUUCAGUAUACAGGGCUACCUCAGAAAAAAAUGUUAAUUGUGAAGCAGCCCAUGGUUAGUACAGAAAUUAAGUAUUCUCAUCUUCUAGAGCUGUCAUUGAACAAUAUAAGUUGAAAAUGACCUUUUUCCCUCAAGAGCUGCUGCUGUUUUUCAUACUGACUUCAACUGAAAUCUCAUGUUACGCAAGUUCUUUGGGGGGAAAACCAAACACCUCUGCAUGCUCCUCACUAUCAAAAUCUGAAUAUAUAUUUCAGGGUGUUUUGACAGUUUCGCACAUAACACCUCUACUUAAGAAGCCUCACUGCUCUCGGUAAAGUAUAGAAUUGAUUUUUCUUUCCUGCUCCCAUCCAGGCUGGUGCAUGGUCUUGCCAUGCCUUUGUUGGAUGUCUUCUUGGCCCCUCAUAUUGUAGUCUACUCCUUGCAUUGCAGUCCCAUUUGUUGUGAGAGUGCACUCAUAGGCUGUAACUGUGGGCACCAUGAUAAACCAUUGUUUAUCAUGAUGGGGGAAAACCUGCAGCAAACCUUGGGGUCAAAUGUUUCCCCUUUUCCACUCCUUCUUGGAGUGCAGCCAUGAGGAGGAGUUUGGAAGCUUUCACUUCUGUUUUUGAUUAACCACAGUUUUAGCAUUACAUUUACCCCCUAAACUGUGGUUAGCCUUAACUGUGGUUUGAAACAAGCUUCAUAACCUGUUAUUUGACAUUUACUUCUUUCACAGAAACCACAGUUAAGAUUAAUCACAGUUUGUCAGAUUCUGGUGAGAUAACAAGCUAUGGUUAAUUUUUUAAAAAUGGAAAUGACAGCUUCCAAGCUACUUCUUAUGAACACACCAGAGAGUGACAGGGAUCACAUAACCCCAAGGCUAGCUGUGGCUCAUUCCUGUCACAGUAAACAAUGGUUUAUUGUGAUGUCUGAACGCAGCCAUAGUCAUUCAUUUUCAGAUCAUUUGGUUAUGCCUCCCAGUCACUUAUGAACUUCAUCUUCAUAUGGUGGCUGCUGCUACAUUUUACUGAAACUUUUAAUAUUGUGAAGACACUGCCUUGCUUACAAGCUAUCUGUGCAAGCCUUUUUGGUUCUGUCUUCCCCAGCACUGAAAUGUGUGCAUGAAUGCUGUUUGCAUUUAUUAAUGGGGAAAAUUGUGCCUCGGUUAACUCAUUUGUAAAAGCAGAUUUUCUCCAUCAUAAACAAUAUAAUGGAGUUGACAGAUAGUUGGUCUGGCUUUUUCCCAGAGCUAUGCUGAUCAAAUACUUAAGCUUCAUUAGGCAUAUCCAUACUACAGCUUCCCCCAAAGCAUGCUGGGAACGGUAUCUUGGCAAGGGUGCUAAGAAUUCUCUGCUGGAGAUCCUUAGUCAUUUCCUCGCCCCAAAGAACUAUAUUUCCCUGGUGAGAGAGAACGACUGUUAAAUAUUAGAUAUUGUAAUGGUGGUUUUGGCCUGGGCUAAAUUAUGCAGGAGAGCGGCCAUAGAUCAGUGGUAUAAAACAUGAUUUGCAUGUCGAAAGUCAAGACGUGGCAUUCCCACUAAAGGGAACCCAGGCAACCAGCCCUUGCGGUCUGUACAUUUGUACUGUUUCUGAUGGUGUUAUAUGUUUUAUUGUAUACAUACAUUGCUGUCUACCACCCCAACAUAUUGCAGUAUAUAAAUACUUUUAUGAAUAUAGAAACAUAGGAAGCUGCCACAUACCAGGCCAGGUCAUUUGUGGAUGUAGCUCUGUGCUAUCAUCACUGACUGUUUGCAGCUUCCCAGGGUUUCAGGUAGGAGUCUUUUCCAGCCCUACCCUGGUGACACCAGGGGUUAUCCGGGGACCUUUUGAGUGUGAAGCAUGUGUUCUGCCACUGACCUAUGGAUGUUCCCUGGGACAAAUCCUUACUUCUGUAUGGUAGAGCAGGCAGCGCUGGACAUGACUGACCAACAUUAACUUUAUCCCUGGGCCACGGAGGAAUUUACAUGUUUACUGCAGCAGGCAUCCAAAGUGUGAGGGGGAGAUGUGCACCUCCAGAAAUACAGGGGGCUGCAGCUAAUCUGAUUGGACAAGUUUUUAGGGGUGGCAUGUCUCCACAUAUUGCAUGUUUUACUGCACCGAACACCAACCAGAAGCUGCUGCACCCCCUGUGAUGUUUGUUGUGCCUCUGAGUCAGAGAAGUUGCAGCUGGGAUUUCCGCCUCCCCACCCCAAGUAUUUGGUCAUAAUAAUAGGCUAUACAUGGGAAAAGGAGAAAUGCAGCAAUAAUGUGCAGAGUUGCACUAAGCCUUACUCUUUAGCAGAUGCACAAUGAGAUAAAUAUUAACAGUGAAGAGGGUGUUUGCUCCAGAAUAGGUAAUAGGAUGAGUUCCAGAGUAGGUGAUACAGCCUCUAUGACCCCUCCCCUUCUUUCUCUAGUACUCUCUUUCCUACCAAAGGGAAAAAAUGCAUUCCAUGAUGUAACGAGACAAGUUGUGCUAUCAAAAUUGUUUAAAAGCAAGCAGUCUGAUGUACCAUUGCACAGUACAACCUGGUUGCAUAACUGAGGCUUCUGGUUAUGGAUUUGGUUGUCCUUGUUACAAAAUUUGGAUUUGAAAUCCGUUGGGGUUGGCAAUAAUUAAUCUCUAUCAGUACUGAAAGUGCAGUGUACCUUGCCUUACUAGAAAUACAAAUACUGAAGGUCAGGUGAUACUAUACGCAGCAUAAAAUAACAUUAGAGUGCUGUAGUCAGCUGAGUCAAGUGUCCCUGCAAUCUUAAGGUUAUGUAUGGAAUAGUUUUUGCUGUGUUAAACUAUUGUGCAGCCUGAUUCUAUGUGUGUUUACUGGAAAUGCCAUUGAGUUCCAUGAGACUUCAAGUGAAUGUGCAAAGGACUGGGGCUUUAGUACCAUUUUGACAGCACAAGAAACCCCCUGAAAUUUCAGUCUUGUGUGGUUUUGACCUGAUAAAUUUCUAGUCCAGAUUUCCUCAAUUGAAAUGCUUGGCCCUUUGAGGAGAGUGGUUCAUGCAGGGGGGCGGGGAAUGAGAAGUUAGCUGAUACCAACACCAUUUAAAUGACAUUUCUACCACUUUAACAGUCAUAUGGCUUCCCUCAAAGAAUUGUGGGGACUGUAGUCGACCACUCAAAGAACUACAAUUCCCAGCAACCUUAGCAAGCUACAGUUCUCAGGAUUCUUUGGGGAAAACAAUGUGUUUUAAAUAUAUUUUGUGGAUGUGACUUGUCUCCUUAACCCUUCUAUAGCAGCACAAUUUUAUUUAUAAUUAUGACGAUGGAAACAUAUCUGUAUUGCAGGGAUAACUUAAGAUUUCAGGCCUAAGUAGGCAGUGCAUUGCAAAUGUCUGGUGAAUUUCUACCUCCUAUAAGGGUUCUUGGUGGAGAGAAGACACCAAGCAGGUGAGACCUUGAAACUUAAAAGGUUUGCGAUUCAGUUAGGUAGCCGUGUUGGUCUGACGCAGUCGAAACAUAUAAAAGAAUUCAGAUACCUGAAGAAGUGUGCACGCACACGAAAGCUUAUACCAAGAACAAACUUAGUUGGUCUCUAAGGUGCUACUGCCAACCUAGCAGUUUGAAAGCACGUCAAAGUGCAAGUAGAUAAAUAGGUACCGCUCCAGCGGGAAGGUAAACGGCAUUUCCAUGCGCUGCUCUGGUUCGCCAGAAGCGGCUUAGUCAUGCUGGCCACAUGACCCGGAAGCUGUACGCCGGCUCCCUCGGCCAAUAAAGCAAGAUGAGCGCCGCAACCCCAGAGUCGGUCACGACUGGACCUAAUGGUCAGGGGUCCCUUUACCUUUACCUUUAAGGUGCUACUGGACAAUUAUUAUUUUUUUAUAUGUUUUAAAAGGAUUGAGUUACAAUCAUAUGAUUUAAGCUGUCAUAUAGUCCUGGCGAAUAUAAAAUGCUUGAAAUGCAAGCAACUGAUAGCAAAUGUUAGCAAGGUUAAGCCCCAAGUAAGUGUUGCAGUUUCUUCCAACUGUGUUUCUACAGACUGUGGGAUAGUUUUAGUGAGGUGCCCAGAGAAGAAGAUCUGACUCUGAAGUAGCCUCCCAAAAGCAAAGGGAAAUGAAUGUGUUUACCACAAACUUUUAUAUUAAAGCCGUCUGCUCUAUGGGUUUGCGGUCAUUUAUAUAACACACACAUGCACCUGUCUACUAUUAAACAUAGACGUACAGCACUAUCUGCAAUGCAUUCUACUUCAGAUUAUUUUUAGGUAUUGCUAAGAAGUGCUAGAUAGAGCUGCUGCGUCCUCUGUGAAAUGAGGAGAGCAGCAGUAUGGAACAGGUAGAUCAUUAAUGAUUUAGAAGGCAAAUGUUGGUAUUCAUACAGGUCUCGCUCUGUUAAUUACCCAAAUGUGGAGGCACAACAAAUUGGUGCUAAAUUAAAGUUUAAUAGAAAUUAAUUGGAAUGGAAUGGUUUGCAUUUUUUAGUUUUUUUAUUGGUUCACCAUUGCUGUUGUUACUCAUGUUUGCAGGAAUCUUGUAAGAGCAUUUCUGCUUUCUAGCACUGUUAUACUUGAUACUUUACCUAUUAAAGUUUUGCAGUUACUAUCCAUGACUGAGAAUUAUGAACUGAUCCCUUAAUUUCCUUAAUUAUAUUGGUACCUGUUUCAGGAAAAGUGUUCAAUCAUAUGUUUUAUAUAUGUGUGUGUGUGUGUUUAAAAAAACAUGCUUAUAUUGCCUGGAACACAACCCUAAUUAUGAUAUACCUACACACACACACACACACACACACACACACACACACUAUAAUUACCAUAUCACUUGCUUCUAAAGAUCUAGUCCUUCUCUGUUUUAUGUAGCACAGCUCUUUUUUUUUGCAAUAGCUAUUUUUAUUUAAAAGCUUCAGUGUGCAAAAAUGUUAACAGGGCAUCUGCAUAAUUCCACCUUUUUGUCAGUGUUUAUUUCCACACGUUGAAGAAGUGAUUGGCCUUGGUGAACUUAGCACUGGGUAAAAACAAGAUUAAAAAUAAAUAAAUCUUUAAAAAAAACAUAGCCUAUAGCAUUCAGUGCACAGGGGCUGACUGUUGCCAGCUUAAAGAAAGUUUGUUCUUUUCCCAGCUUGAGGAAGCUAAGGGCACAUCUUGUAAAUAUGCACGUAUGCAAAUGGUGUUGUUUUUAAAGUGCACACCUAAAUAUGUAUGAAUGAGACAAAAAAUGUUGGAAAUGCAGGCAUCCUACAGGUAUCCUCAACAGAGAGCCAGAUACCUCCCUGUUGCAUUUACACUUGGCGGCAAACCUGGUAUUUUUACUAUAUUCUAUGUGAAAUGGUCCAAUCUGAGAGGCACUCUUGACUAAUCUCUGUGUCAUGUUACCUUACAUGUUCCUAUUAAGAAAUGGCUGGACAACUACCUAACUUUUCUCUACAAAUUAGAGUUUGGCAUGUUGUGAUGGAAGCAAAAUGGCAGCCCAUUCCCAUCUGUAGUUGCUGUUGUGCAAUUUGGCAAUGGCUCUUACUCACUGAAGAUGACACCUGUCAGGGGAUAAGGAGGGUUCUCUGGUGUCUUGGGGGUUGUGGUUUUUUGUUUUCCUUUUUCCUUUUUACACACAGAGGAUGAGAUUUAAUUUUCAUUUAAGCCAAUGCAUGUUUAUUCCAGGUCCGAUGUUGUUGUCCUGUGUUUUUCCAUUGCUAAUCCUAACUCCCUGAAUCAUGUGAAAACCAUGUGGUACCAAGAAAUCAAGCAUUUCUGUCCUCGCACACCUGUUAUUCUGGUUGGUUGCCAACUGGAUCUUCGAUAUGCUGAUCUGGAAGCUGUAAACCGAGCCAGAAGGCCAUUAGCAAGGUAAAGUUGGCUUCAAUAUUCAGUAGGAGAAAUCCAUGUUUCCAAUUGUGACAAUAUUAGUAUGCACCUCAGCUUCUGGGGAGUAUGUAGUCUUCUACCUCCUAAAUCAGGAGUGGCUCACCUUUUUCUUAUAAAGGCACAUUGGCUAAUGGCAAAAGCCAAUUAGGAGCCAGAGUUAGUGGUGGGUGGAGCCAUAACCAAAAGGGGGCAGUGCUUGCAGGAUUGCAUAGCUUCAGGUGGGCAGCCUGGGGCCCCCCAGAUAUUGUUGGACUACAGCUCUCUUCAGCCCAGGCAGCAGGGUCCAGUAGUCAAGGAAGAUGGGAGUUGUAGUGUAACAACAUCAGGUUGCCCACUGCUGCCAAAACUCUUUAAUCUGUCGGUGCCACCACAUCUUUUCUCUUACAUGUGUGCAGACACAAAGAGGAAGCAAUUCUCAGAACAGUGGUCUGGACAGUAAGAGCUGGAUGAGGGCUAUGCAAGCUUGGGCCACAGAUUCUCUGCCCCUGUCCUAACAGUAUAUAUCAGAGAUGGGGAAUCUUUGGCUCUCCAGGUGUUCUGGGACUCCAACUCCCAUCAGUCCCAGCCAGCAUGGCCACUGGUCAGAGGUCAUGGAAGUUGUAGUCCAGCAACAUCCGGAGGGCCACUGGUUCCUCAUCCCCAUAUAUGACACAUUGCUUUAUACUGUGUCAGGUUGUUGGUUCAUAUAACACUGUACUCUCUGUUUCACCUGACAGUGAAUCUCCAAGAUCUUAAGGAGAAGUCUUAACCUGCAGCCUAGUACCCUAUAUCUGUUUGGAUUGAACCAAAUGACUCUAAAGCAUAUUCUCUGCUGCUGAGGUCUAGGUUUCACACAAAAAAAACCCUGGCCCAACAAUUGCAGCCAAUUGCUUGAUUUGGUGCCAGAUUCAUACUUCUGAUUUUCAAGUGCAAUUGCUUUCUGUUUCUAAAAAAAGAUGUUUAUUUUGUGUCAGAUUGACCCAGAAAGCCCAUGUCCUUGUUGCGUGGAACAGUGUUCAAAAUAAUAAGGGCUUUGUUGGAUCAGAAUGGAGUUCAAGCACCUUGUUUCAAAUAAUACCUAGAAAGAUGCUCAUUGAUAAAGGCAAUAGCUCUCUUCUUUUAUAUCCAGAGCUACGUUGUCCCUGAAUGUGGAGGUUCCAUUGGAUAUGCCUCAUUGGUAAAGCUUGCCAUCCUGAACUUGCCUAAACCCUUUUAAAAGCCAUUGAAGCUAACAGAAAUGGUUGUGUGGUACAGAAAUGAAUUCCAUAAAGAUAAAAACAUAGAGUUGGAAAGGGACCCCAUGGAUCAUCUAGUCUAAUCCCCUGCAAUGCAGGAAUAUGCACCCAUAUGGGGAUCAAACCCAUGACCCUUGGCGUUAUCAGCACCAUGCUCUAACCAACUGAGCUAACUGGCAAGGUUAACCUUGCAUUGUGUGAAAUAGUACUUCCAUAAUACUUGAUGCAAAGGAAUCUUGACCCUUAGCUGAGGAUGGUAGGUGCUGUUACAGCAUAUUUUCUAUAACCAGUUAUUGUUCACAUAUUGUUAUUGUUACCUCAAUAACAACACACAAUUCAAAUCAAUGGAAAAAUGAAAUACUGAUCCAUAUACCUGCAUGUUAUUAAGAUUGUAAUGUUUGUUAACUUAAAUAUUUUUAAAUGUUUUAAACAGAAAAGUUAAAUCCAGCUUGCCCUGAGGCUAUUAUUGUGGAUCAGUAAUUCAAGAGCACCUUUAGUAUCACACAGUGGGCUCAAAAUCCACCUAAGGAGGGGGUAGGCAAUGACUGUGGAAAGAAAAGAAGUGCAGGCUGAGCUUAUAACCAUGAAAUUCCAGGCACUGCUUUGGAGGGAUAGUUAAGGAUGCCGAAAUAGACUGAAACGGAAUCCUGCUAGGACAGAAACAUUGUGGGUCAGUGGUUCCCAGGUCCAAGAUUCAAAUACUUUGUUCUGGAUGGGGCUGUUCUUUCUUGGAAGGAAUAGUUACUUAGUUUUGGAGUGCUCUUGGAACCAUCUUUGUCCAUGGAGGCCUAGGUGCAUCCACAGCACCCUUUUCUGAACAAAGAUAGCCUCUGUGGCUCACCUCACGUUUAGACUGCUGUAAUGCCCUCUACGUGGGGCUUCCCUUAUGACUGGUCCAGAGGCUGCAUCUGGUGUUGAAUGUUGUGGCCUGGGUGGUAAUUGGUGCACUUUACCUGGCACACAUCCUGUUGUUGGUGAGGGGACCUGCAGUGUAUCAGCCACUGAGGCAGUUUUAGUGUCUUGUUACUCACAUAUAAAGCCCUAAAUAACUCUGGACCAGAGUCACCUGACAGGCUGACUUCCCCUUCAUUGCCCAGUAAGGGCAUUAAGAUCACCAAGUUGAUAGUCUUUACCACACAGCCUGAUGAUUAUCAGCUUAUGGUGACAUGAAGAUGGUCUUUUCCACUUGUAGGAGCAGUGUUGUGGAAUGCACUUCCUGCUGAAAUACAAGAGGCCCCAUCUGUACUGGAAUUCCACCAACCAUUCCAUUGACCAAAGUCUCCUCUUUUAUUUGCUAUGGGAUUGUUUUAUUGUAUAUUUUUUUAAUUAUGUACUUUAGCAGUGUUGUGCAAUUGGUUUUUAUGUUUCAUAAAGUGCUUUAAAACCAUCAGGGAAUUAAGUGAUAUUAUAUAUAUAUAUAUAUAUAUAUAUAUAUAUAUAUAUAUAUAAUUAUUAUUAUUAUUACUACUACCCAUGCAUAGGUGUAUUUCAAUGAGAUAUGGAAGCCAUAUCCAGCUCUCGUGAACUACUUGUUUGUUUGUUUGUUUGUUUGUUUGUUUGUUUACUUCACAGGCCUAUCAAACGGGGAGACAUCUUGCCACCAGAAAGAGGCAGAGAGGUUGCCAAGGAGCUUGGGAUACCAUAUUACGAAACCAGUGUAUUUGACCAGUUUGGCGUCAAGGAUGUGUUUGAUAAUGCCAUUAGAGCUGCCCUGAUCUCCAGGAGACAUCUACAGUUCUGGAAAUCGCAUUUGAAGAAAGUUCAGAAGCCUUUGCUUCAAGCUCCAUUUCUACCUCCAAAGGCACCUCCUCCGGUUAUCAAAAUCCCAGAGUGCCCCAUCACCAGUAUCAAUGAAGCCGGAUACUUAUUGGACAAUCCAUUGUGUGCAGAUGUCAUGUUUAUCCUCCAGGAAGAUACUCACAUUUUUGCUCACAAGAUCUACCUAGCUACCUCCUCUUCGAAGUUUUAUGACCUUUUUUUAAUGGAAUGUGAAGAAACCCCAGACUUAUCUGAAACUCCUUGCAAUAAAGAAAGGGCUGGUAGAAGCUUUAUGGCCAGAAAAUGCAGCCUUGAAACAGAUGAGAGUAGUGAGAUGGCAACCUUAAAAUCUUCUAAUGCCAAACUCACGUCAUUAGCAGGUGGUGGUAACCCUUUAACAAGGUUAGAGCUUGAAGCAGGGGAAGCCAGUUGCCUGAAGCAAGCGCCAACAUUUUUGGGCAAAGGCUUUGUUAGCAUGCAUAGAGAAGUGCAAGUCAACCCUGUUUCAAAGAGGACUUGUGCUGUAACAGUGGUCAAGAUAGAUGCUUCUAUUCAGCCUGGGCCUUUUAAAACGGUUCUGCAGUUUUUGUACACAGGGCAGCUGGAUGAAAACGAGAAGGAUCUUACCAGAGUAGCUCAGAUUGCUGAGAUAUUGGAAGUGUUUGACCUGCGGAUGAUGGUGGAAAACAUUAUGAAUAAGGAAGCCUUCAUGAACCAGGAAAUUACAAAGGCUUUCCAUGUCAGAAAAGCUAACAGGAUAAAAGAAUGCCUCUCUAAAGAAACAUUUUCUGGUGAGAAUACAUGAAUACAUCCUCAUUAUCCCUUUGAAUUAAUCCACAAAAGUCAUCCAAUCAAUAGUUCCAUAUAUAAAGCAAUAUAUAACACUCAAGUAGGAGUCAUUGGUCCAGUUCCAACAUCAUAAACCCUACCAGGGACAGCAGCUCUAUGUAAAGAUGGGAGAGAAAUUUGAUCCAAAAUGCAGUGAAAGCCAAAUCUAUCAAAUCUGCACUUUCUGAAACAAUAUGCAAACCAAAACAAAGCUAUCCUUCAAAAUUCAAACUUCUCCAAGUUUUGUGAUGCAGUUCUCCAAUUAGUGUUUACAAAAACGCAUAUAUUGGGGAAAAUGAAGUUAUUUGUGAAACUAGGGUACAAAAAUGCAUUAUAUUGGGGAUAAUUGCUUGCAAAAAAUUGCACAUUGGUCAAAACUGCAUAUAAAAUUACAUUAGGAGAGAUUUGUGGUAAAAUGCUGGUGAAUUUUCAUGAGGAUUUAAAAAUAAAGUAAAAUAUCAAAUUGCGCUAAUAUGUGGGGGAAAUCAUUCUAUCCCUAGCUCUAUGGUACAGGCCCAUGUAGGAUGCAACAUAUGAGCUGUUUCCUGGUAGCGAUUUGUGUGAGCAUGCCAGCUUUUUUUAAAAAAAUGCUUCUACUGCAUUGAUGGAAAUCAUUGCCAGGAAAUAUGCUGGCUGAUAUGUUACCUUCCUCCAUGUGGUUGAAGCUACAGGCCCAUGCUAUGUGGAGGAUUACAGAGUGUCUGAACCAGAGGCCACUGUGGUACAACAGGAAGUAAUUAGAAGUGAAUCUUGGAUGUCCAUACACAUGAUAGAUGGCCUUGUGCAAAUGUCUGUCAGCUGCAGUUCUGUGCCUGUUAAAUGAUAAUAUUAAUGACCUCUCAGAUGAGGGAGUGAAAUAAGGGUCAUUGGCGCCAUAUUCAGCUAGCCCAUUCCACUAGCAGAAGGCAGUGCAAGGACUCCCACUAGUGCAGGCAUAGGCAAACUUGGCCCUCCAGUUGUUUUGGGACUACAACUUCCAACAUCCCUAGCUAACAGGACCAGUGGUCAGGGAUGAUGGGAGUUGUAGUCCCAAAGCAUCAGGAGAGCCAAGUUUGCCUAUGCCUGCACUAGAGCAACAGGGCUCUGCCACCCCUAAUCUCAGGGUGUGGCUCUUGAAUCAGUUUAAUUUAAUGUAGACAAAACCAUUAGUCUGCACAAGAAAAAGUAGAAAUAACUAGAGGUCCACAGCAAAGAUUUGGCUGGCUAGUUCAAAUCAAUACGAACCUGCGUCUAGGAAUGAAAGUUGCAUAUGUACAUCCUGUUUCAUCUUUAUGCAGGCAGACUGAUUCAUUAAUAUUUUUCUCUAUAGCCCAUUCCUAAGAACUAACAUAACCAGGAAUCAAGAACCUAAGAAGCUACCUUACACUGAGUCAAAGCAUUACUGUAUUUAUAUCAGAAACUGUGUGCACUGACUGGCAGGAGCUCUCCUGGGUUUCAAACAGGGAUCUUUGGUCAGCCCUAAGUGGGAAUGUUCGGUGUCUUGGAAAGAAUGUGUACCACCAACCAUUGAGCUAUGCUCCUUAAUUCUGGGACAUGCAUCCUCUUGGGUGAAUUGCACGAAGAGUACAAUGGAGUAUUGUCAGAUGCUGGGUGCUGCCUGUAUUCACAUAAGCAAACGACUCGUGUCUGAGUGGACGAGUUUAAACUGCUUCCAUUUGUGUAUAUGAAGCCUUCAGUGGCCAGACUUCCAAAAAGUGAAGAGUGCAAAGCUGUUCCUCCUCUGCAGGCCCAGGUUUUAAUGGUCAUCUGUGUCUCACUUAGAAAUAAUUAUUAUGUGCCCUUUUGGAUGCAUUUGCAGUAAUAUUCGUCAGAGAGAGCUGUGUAACGCCCUCCUCCAGUUUCUGUAACGCCCUCCUCCAGCUGUAUUUGGCUCCAAGCACUUUCCACCAUAGGUUAUGGUUCUGUUUCUCUGAUCCCAUUGGCAGAUGUGACGUUUAAGCUGGAAGAUGGAAACAUUAAUGCUCACAAGCCACUACUGAUCUGUAGCUGUGAAUGGAUGUCUGCAAUGUUUGGAGGAUCAUUCAUUGAAAGCUCAAACACUGAGGUACUUGUUCUCUUUGGUGUGUAGCCUCAAUAAUGUGCCAUAAGCUUUACCCUUUGGGUUGAUAAAUUGCGGUGGUUUAAACAAAGGGGACAUUUUGCUGGAGUUUGUCAUCACUAGCCCAGAGAGCAUUUUCAAAAUGUUUUAGGUUCUAAGUGACUCCUUUCUCAAGAAAUUUCAGUUGUUAUGGUAAUUUCUCUCUCUCUCUCAUUUCCUAAAUUUGAAUUUUAAAGUAAAUUAAAUGUUGGUGUCCCUGUACUGUUGUUGUGUAUAAGAGGAUCGUUUUAGAUGAACUUUGGUGGGAGGAACUAGAAGAACAGGGAAACAGCCACUUUUCUGGGGGUCGCAGAUAGACGUGCCCUGGAUGAAAUUUGGUCUCCUGAGCAGUAUUGUCUGGCUUCCUGAUUUUUAACCCAAAGAGUGUGAUCGGCAUUUCUGGCAAUAGGAUUUUCCGGCAGGCCUUCUCUGGAGAAUAGGAGUUUUGCCCCUCCUUCCCUGACUCUGUUAUCAAAGCAGGCAUUUCUGAAAGUCUCAAUUGCUAGGCAGCACAUUAUGUCUUCAAAUGGAAUCAUUGUGACAUCUUGGACGGGUUCUAAAUCUAGGCUACAAAAUAAAUGCAUGUUGUAUCAUUCAUGAAAAUCACACCUAAACAAUAGCUUUUUCUCUGCCAAGUAUACACCCGCAAGGGCCUGAUCUUAUUGGAAACAUAAUUAAAUAUCAAGCAAACUGCCUCAUUUAGUUUCCAUCCAUAUUUUAAUCCCAUCCCUUCUGGGUUAUUUUAGGUAUUUGUCCACAACAUCAGAGUCGUCAGCGACUGGACCUAAUGGUCAGGGGUCCCUUUACCUUUAUAUCACCUUUCAAUGUGGUUUGCAUCAUAAAACAAAUUAAAAUAAUAAAAUACAAAUUCAACAGUGUAAGUAACAAUUCAGUCAAAAAACCAGCAGUGAAAUUAUUUUUAAAAAACAGCAGUAGUAAUAGAAUUACGCUUAAAAGCCCAGCGCAGCUUCACGUUAAUUACCGUACUUUUCCGUAUAUAAGACUAGGAGGUUUAUUUACUAAAAAAUAAUGUUAAGGGGGGGGGCUGGUCUUAUGCACGGGGGCAAUCUCCCCCCAUUUUCUUAAUUUUGAGUUCCCAAAAAUAGGAGGUGUCUUACAUAUGGGGGCGUGUUAUACACGGAAAAAUACAGUACUUAAAAGUAGAUCUAAACAACCAGAUGCCCAGAGGCCAUUAAAAAAAACAAUAAAUGAAAGAGCCAAGUUUACUUCCUGUGGGAGGAAGCUCCAUAAUAGUGGGGCCACCACUGAGAAGCCCUGUCUCUUACAUCCAGCAACCUAGCGGACCUUACUGGCAGGCUGGCAAGCAAGCCCAUCUUAAGAAUCAGGCAGGCUCAGAUCAGUGCAGAUGGUCCUUCAAAUAACCUAGCCGUAAGCUAUUUAGGGCUUGAAAGGAAACAAAACUUGAAACUGUGCUCAAAGGAGCACUGACAACCAGUGUUGUUGGCAUCUGUCUGUCUCAAGAGACAAUGGAGUGUUCCUUGGGAGGUGAAGCCAAACAGCUGCUUUAGCAGCAUUGAAGUGACCUCCUCAAGGUCAGGUCCUGGGCUGCCCAUAUGAUAAGAGACACACACACCCUUGGCAUCGCUGAUACGGUCCGAAGCAAAGCAAAGCAAUACGUAGGGUUUACUCCUUAAGCCUUUCUUCUCCCAAAGAUAUCCCACAAGGCAGCAGAGGUUUAGGGUCAGUUUUCCUUCUCCUAGAUGGGCUGCCUUCCCAGGCAAAAAAAAAAUUCCUGCAUUGCAGUUGGUUGGACCAGAUGACCCUUGUGGCCCCUUCCAGGUCUACAGAUUCUAUGAUUCUCUGCUACAGAGCAAAUGCCGCAGAGCAGUUUUGUGAUAAAGUUGCCUUCGGUAUGGCGCUGGCCAGACCUUAACCAGAAUUCUAAAUCAAAACCUACUACAGUCUUAAAUUAUUAUUUUUUAAAGAAGAUCCUCGAGACACCUCCAUUCUUAAAGUGAAGAAUACUCAUUAUCUACACUGCUAUGAAGUAUCAUCUGGAAUGCUAAAGUGCUAGUGGCAACAUGGAAAGAGACUAUCGGUUUUGUGUCGUAUUUAUGCUUUUAAAUAAGCAGGGCAGAUCGGCUCAUCCCAGCCUGAUUAGUUUUUGUCGAAACUCAGAUGCUUGGGACAGCUUCCUAAUUAUUUAUCACAUUUUAACUAUAGCAGCUUUGCUUUCUGCUUGAGUAUUGAGGGAGGCAUCCACAUCAAGGGAAAAUGAUACCCCUUAGCAAUGCUGUGGCUUAGCUUUCUUUCUCUUUCGCUUCUUUUUUUUUUCUUUGUUGUAUUUAAUAUUCUGGAAGUCUGUGUUCUACUUUAAAUUUUUUCUCAUUACUUUUAAAACAGCAGUAAGCAUAAUUCCCUCCCCAGAGGCACGCUCAGCAGGUGGCUCAUUAAAAAUACAUACCUUGAUUUUUUAGUAAGCAGCUCUCCUGCAACAAGAACAUAUAUUCAUUUUCUACAAUCUGCUUCCUAAUUAUAAACCCUAAUAGCUCGUGUUCUUCUUGGUAACCUUAAAAUAUUAAUUGCAAAGACUUGGAUUUCUGAAGCACAUAAAGCACCGCAACUGAGAUCUUUAAGUUCAAAAGUACAAGCGCAGCCAUGGAAAUGUACGGGGAAGUAGUUGGUUCCAAGAUGUGUAUUGCACGUAGAGACUGAGGCAAUUUGACAUAAAUAUAAUGAGCUGCUUCUAAUUUAUUUAUUGUUUUGAAAUUCUGCAGGGAGAACAGGUUAUUUGCAGCAAUAACUCAUGCAUUCACACUUAGUCCUUGCAACAGACACCGACGAAAAUAUAUCCAGUUUUCAAAUUUAAUCCACCUAAAUCUAAGCCUCUGUGAGAGAUGGUGGGUCUUUGCCCUCCCCUAGUGGCAGCUAGAAACCACGCCUGUCUUUUUAGAACAGUGGGUUCCAAAUAUUACUACAGUGGUACCUCGCAAGACGAAUGCCUCGCAAGACAAAAAACUCGCUAGACGAAAGGGUUUUUUGUUUUUUGAGCUGCUUCGCAAGACGAUUUUCCCUAUGGGCUUGCUUCGCAAGAUGGAUUCGUCGUGCAAGUGUGUUUCCUUUGUCUUAACACCGUUAAUACAGUUGCGACUUGACUUCGAGGAGCAACUCAUAGAACGCGGUGUGGUAGCCUUUUUUGAGGUUUUUAAAGACUUUGGUGAUUUUUGAAGCUUUUCCAAAACUUUCCCGACACCGUGCUUCGCAAGACGAAAAAAAUCGCAAGACGACAAAACUCGCAGAACGAAUUAAUUUCAUCUUGCGAGGCACCACUGUAUUAUUAUUUUGCAACUGAGCUUGAAUGCAUUCUGCAUUUAUUUAACAUCAUAUUAGCUAAAUUUUCCUGGAGGAAAACAAGGUGACGGUUGCUGCACUUUUUGCAAUAGUUACUUUCGCUAGCCAACCCCCAAGAACAGCUCCUGCUCAAAAUGCCUCUGGAACACCUGUGGGUUGCUUUCAUAGGUAUAUAGUGUAGCUAAUAUUAGUUUGCCUCCUGUUCAGUGCCUAGCUGUUAGCUCCACUCCCUGUCAAGAAAUCCACGAGCUUCCAUUUGGCAGCAAUGCCUCCAGUGUUUACUUUAAGGUGGUUCGGGGUUUCCCUGAGGCGCGCUGAAUAUAGUUGCACCUAACUGAGGAUGCCCAAAGUGGGAAGGAGAGCUCCACCCUAACUUUUAAUGUUCCUAGGACUGGCUCUGGGGCCUCGGCUAUACAGCUUCAAAUAAAACAUUUGCUGUGCUUUAAGUGCAAUAUACAAUGUGACAGUAGAUGGCGAUGGUGAGCCUUAUGGAAAAUUCAAUGUAUUUUUUUAAAAAAUUAUUUUCAGAAUGGUUUUUCUAUGUGUGUAGAUUUCACCCAGGUUUGAGGGUGCUCUUGGCAAAGUACCUUAUUUGGACCUCCUUCCAUCCAUGUGGGUUGGCCUGCUUGAGAUUCAUGGAGAACUUAUUUCACACUGUGGCACAGUUGUGGGCUUUUCUUGUUUCGAUUUUAGCUGUAGGAGAUGGCAAAGCUUCUGAGAGCCAUGUUGGCUUUUUUCCUGGCACCCAUCAUCCCACCUCUUCAGUCCCCACUCUGAUGUAGUACCAGUUCACUGUGGGGAAAACACAAUGGUGGCCACUAAAGAGAAAUCUUCCAGGGUGAAAGCUUUGAAGAGGCAAGUUUCCGUGAGGUGUACCCUGUUGGUGCCGUGACAGGAACCCAAGGUUGCUUCAUGCUGACACUAGAUUUGCAUGUGCCUGUCAAGGACAUGAGGCAAAAUGGCAACCCAUCCCCUUGCAGUCAGAAUAAUGCUGAAGACUCUGUAGCCUAUACCUUGUUUAUUUGACAGUGGAGCUGUAUUAUAUUAUUUCUUGGGAGGGCUGUUGCUUCUUUAUAGCCGGUCACCUAUAAAGGAAGCUGUGUGCAAGCAUGUACUUAACUCCUCCCUUUUCUUUUCAAUUGAAAAAACAAAACAAAAAACAGUCAAAGCUUGCAAGUAUAGAUGUGGAAGAAAUUUAAUUGAGUUCACAUUUAAAGGCAAAUCUACCAAAUUCACACUUUGGAAACACAUUUAAAGGCAAAUCUACCAAAUUCACACUUUGGAAACAAUACACAAACCAGGAAACAGCCAUCUUUUGAAAUUUGCACUUCUCUGAAUGUUACAGCGCAGUUGUGCAGCCAACCAAUGUUUACAAAAAAUGUACUUACUGAGAUAAAGUGUGCAUAAAAAUGCAUACAUUUAUGAAAAAAUAACAUACAAAAAUGCAUUAUAUAAGGCAGCAUUGCCUUCCAAAAAUGUGUACAUUGUACAAAAUUGGAUAUUAAAAAUUGUGUAUAUUAGGAGAGAUUUGCACUAAAAUGCUGAUGAAUUAUUGGGCAGAGCUUUUUUUAUGUUUUUAAAUCACAAUCUGAUGUGAAGAACUGAACUUAAGUUUGGAAACUGGAAGAAACUGAAACUGACAGAUUCCCUACUUGCGAGUCAAGACUUCCUUCUUUGGCAGUAUUUGUUUUGGCCAUGUAAUUCUGGAUAUGCCUCUCUUCUUGUACAACACUGGAAUAGAGAGCAGCAAUACAUACUGAUGAAAUGGGAGGAUGUUAACGAGAAGUAGUUGGCACAACUCUCACACUGAAAUUUGAACAAGGUUGCUUCCUAUUCCUCACUGUUUCUUUCUGAGUCUCACAGAGUUUACAGGGCGGGUGAGGAAGAGACUGGAUGACUCUUCCCUGAAAACUGUUUGCAUGCACAAAAAAGGCUGAAGUACAGGGAAAGUAUUUGAAUAUUUUUUUAAAAAUGUGGCCUUAGGAAUUACAUUUUUAAUUACAUUUAGCUGUGAAGGUAAGACAAAAUAAACAUAGUUAAUCAGGUUUUGCUAGGCUUUUUGGGUUGCAAUGAAAGUUUUAUCUACUUCCUGAGGAUACAAUUUGAAAUUAAUCCUGUGAUGAACAUAGGGUUUAUUCUGAUUCUUCAGAAAUUUGUGCUCUUUGACAUUCAGGGCCAUUUAACAUGUUAUAGAAAAGGUGGAGGCUGGGAUUGACCACAUCUUGAUGAUGAUGUUUAAAGCCUAUUUUCCUGCCAGAAAGUACAUAGUAAUUGUACCUCAGCAGUGCAAAAUAUUUUAAAGGAAGCUGUUGGUCUUGGUCUUCGUAGCUCAGUCCUUUAACCACACAUCAGUAGGACCACUCCCUCUCACAUUUGAUCAUGCCCCCCCCUUUUUUUUUGAGGAAAACUGUAAUAAAGAAAAGCUAUGAGGAACAGUUGAGGGAAUGGGGUAGGUUUAGCCUGGUAAAGAGGAGACUGAGAGGAGAUAUAAUAGCCAUCUUCCAAUAUCUAAAGGCCUGUCACAUGGAGGAUGGAACAAGCAUCUUUUCUCCUUUAAGCAGAGGCUUGACAACCAUAUGUCAGGAGUGCUCUGAUGGUGUUUCCUGCUUGGCAGGGGGUUGGACUCGAUGGCCCUUGUGGUCUCUUCCAGCUCUAUGAUUCUAUGAUUCUAUGAUUCUAUGAUUCUAUGAUUCUAUGAUUCCUGCUCCAGAGGCAGGAUUCCUGCUCCAAAGGAUUCACGUUACAAGGAAGGAGAUUCUGACAUCAGGAAGAACUUUCUAAUGGUCAGAGUUGUUCAACAGUGGAACGCAGUCCCUGAUAAGGGGAUGGAUUCUCCUUUCUUGGGUGUUUUAAGCAGAGCUUAGAUGGCCAUCUCUCAUGGAUGAUCUAGUUGAGAUUCCUGCAUUGCAGGCAGUUGGACUGGAUGACCCCCAGGAUAUCCAACUCUACAAUUCUAUGAUUCCAUGAUUCUAUGACUUCUCUUCACCAGUCAACAAUGUGAACCCAACCAAAGUUUGUAGCAGACACUUGCAUGUAGGCCUGACCUAUGACACCUGCAUCUCUCUGAUCUUUUUAUACCUCUACCUACAGCUUCCCUGAUGGGCCACAUUUUUUUAAAAAAAUUGUAGAGAAGCUAUGCUUGCACCUGCCUUAUGAGAUAUGCCAGUUGUACAGGAGUCCAGCUUUCUGGUGUAUUUGUGCCACCACAUCUGCUUUUCAUUCUGGCUAGAGAGCUCCAAGCCAAUUAUCCAGCAGGGAGAGCUUUCUCAUCACCCUGGGCAAGGGCAACUUGCUUUCCUCACAUUUUCACGAAAAUGUGUGCAUCUGAAUCCCAAGUGGCUUAGUUGGCAGGAAGGGGUAGGAGAUGGAGCAACAGUCCCUUAAGAAUGACACUAAGUCAUUCCAAAAUACAAUUCCAAAUGGAACAAACAUUUUUUUAAAAAAAUCAAUAAUGGCAGGAUAUAAAGGAGAAAGGAAGAAUGGGAAGGUAUGUCAAAGAAAACAACAACAGUGCUGAUGAACCAAUGCAAGCACUUCUCAUUAGUGAGUAGGAGGUCCCUGUGAGCUGUAAGGGAUACCCAGGUAUCUCGUGAAUGGUGCCUUUGGGUGGUCAAGGAGGAUGACAGAUAUUCAAGGGUACCAUGUUGCCUAUUUGUCAAGUUCAGCCACGAGGAGCAGCUGGAUGGGCUCGAUCAGUUGGGACAGACCCACAUAUUAUCUUUAAACAACAACAACACACCCUUUUUAAAGCCCCAAACAUAUUUUUCAGAGCAUGUGCUGCACCACCUUUCUGUAAUUUAAUGAGACCUGUUGGAGUUCUGUGAGGAAUUUAAUGAAUGAAUUAGAGAGUGCUCUGAGGCUUCCUUUCUUUUUGUAGGGGCAGGUAAUUCCAGUGUGCUUCAAUGUUGUGCUAUAGUAGGAUGACUCAGUUUGUCCUGGUGCAGAGGGGCAUUACAACACUCUGCUUUUUAAAAGAGAUCUCCAGAUGCACUUAUGCACGGCGGGUGUUCUGGCCAUUCUUUCUUCCAGACCUAGAGCGAAGUGUGUCUGCAAGUCUAAUUCAGAAAAAUUGAUGUGUCUCAAGUAUCGGAAGUUUGGAAAACACUGUUAUAUUUAUACCAUUGGGGGAGUAGGUUGGCCUCUUUCUGCAUUACUGCCAAAGGGCUCUCAUCCCAUAGCCAUAAUCACUUUUUAUUUGGGAAAGAAAGUUGUUGGAAGCGCUAAGGGAGUGUUUGUAGCAGCAAGCACGGAGUUACUGAAAGCAAUUGUCCUAGGAAAGGUAAUACUGCUAGGUGCUGAAAAAUAAUCAGCAGCCCAGAGAGCAUCUCUGAAUUAUUUUUAGCUGCUCAGUGUUUAUAUUAAGAACAAGAAUGAGCUAAUGCAGAGGCAAAGUCCAAAAAUGACAAUGUGAAGUGCCCUUGACAUUGUGCAUAUUGUGCCUAUUAUUUUUCUUCACCUGAUAUAUGUAGGGUUUUUCCCCCCUUCAGGAGUUUGGCUCAUGAUGGAUGUACAUUCAUCCUUGCUUGUGUGUGCAUGUGUAUAUGCACAAACACAUGUGCAUGAUCAAUCUGAAGUUAAGGACUUUUAAGUUCGUUGAUUUUGUUGGGGAAGAUUUUGUUGUCCAUGGCUUAACCUGCAGCUCUCUGUGGAGAGCCUUCAUCCUAAGGGGUCAAUCUAUGCCAACUUGGUCCUUUACAAGACAUUAGCAAAACAGCCGCCCGGAAUGGAAACUGGUGCAUCUGUGGUGCACAAAUAGUUCAGUAUCUAAUUUGAAUUACCCCAUCUGCAAGGACAUUCCCACUUGAUACAUUGCUGUGCAAAACAGAUGGUGAUGAUCUGCUGAAAAUAAAAUGUCCGCUGUUCUUUUUUAGUUUAACAACACAGAAGCUGAGCAGUACUUUUAUGAAGGAAGUUUGGUUACUGUGAAGGGGUUCAUUUGUUUUACUAUGAGGGCCUCUUACAGAUCCUUCAAGUGUCCCUAUUUUCCAGGGAUAGUCCCAGAUAUAGAAGCUGUCCUGGUUUCUGAUUUGACUCUGGGAAGUCACAUUUUUCCUUAGGACGUCCCUGUUUUCAUUGGAGAAAUGUUGGAGGGUAUGGAGUUAUGUGACCCCCUUGAGCUAAGGAGAUAAGUAACCAUACAACCUCUAGAAGACAUCUGAAGGCAGGCCUGCAUAGGGAUUUUGUUAUGUUUAAUGUUUUUUUAUGUUUUUAUAUAAGUUGGAAGCUGCCCAGAGUGGUUGGACAGCCCAGUCAGAUGAGUGGGGUAUAAAUAAUAAAAUUAUUCUGCAACAAGACGUUCUUAUUUUCAACCUCUUUCUCUGGUUUUAUAAAAGCAUUGCAGAGUUGCAUUUGAGGGGAAAUAGCAACAGCCAUAUGGCCCAAGUGUUUUAUCCUUGAGUAGAUCAUCUCCCAGCUCUGAGCGUUUUAAAAAUACCCUUUUUCCCCCCCACACCCCUCCCUCAGGUUGUUCUUCCCAAUAUAAACAAGACUUCCAUGCAAGCAGUUCUGGAUUAUCUGUACACCAAGCAGCUAUCAUCCAGUCAGGAGUUGGAUACGCUUGAAUUAAUUGCACUGGCAAACAGAUUUUGCCUCCCACACUUGGUUGCGCUUGCAGGUAAGGUUUCUCUCUCUUUACAGGUGUCGCCUUCAGCUUCCUGCCAGUGAUGUUGAAAUUGUCAGCUGUUGUUUUUUCCACGAUCUUUGGGCAAAAACAGACAUGCAGUGUUUCUUCCUAAAAUCAAACUGCAGUACAUAUUUUCAGUUAGAAAAACAUAAUUGUUUCCUCCACUCUUUUUCUGUGCUGAGUUAAUUUGGCCCACAUUCUUGUGUAUGCUUAAGCUACUAAACACAAAUAAGUGUCUGCAAUUCAUAAUGCCCAUUAGGCAACUUGAUUACUCUUAAUUGAAAGAGCAUGAACACUAAAGUUUCCAUUGCAAAUUCCUGUUUUAAGGGUCUAAUAAUGGAGCUUGGGCAAUUUUAAAUUAAUCCAGUUCAAGCAAGUAUUGCAUAAAAGAGCAGUCCAAGUUACUUUUACUGCUCUAAUCUGAUGGUUAAUUAUUUUGUUAGUGAUUUGAUGAUAGUUAAUUCCAAUAAUUGCUUAUUUCCUCCCACCCCCCCCCCCCGCCCUCCAAUUGUUUCAAAGAGAAGUGGCUGGAAGCAAGAUUAUUCCAUGACUUUAAAAAAAGAAAUCUAUGUCAGCCCAAAUAGUAGUAUUGUUUUUCCUUGGGCAGUCUUGCAAUGGAUGAAAGGCAGUUGAAACAGGGGCUGGAGGGAGCUAGAUUUAUGCUGCACAGUAAACUGGUUUGUGUUUCUCUUCAACCCCAACAGAGCAGCAUGCUGUGCAGGAGCUUACCAAAACAUCAGUGAGUGGUGUUAGCAUAGAUGGAGAUGUGCUGUACGAUUUGGAAAUAGCCCAGGUUAGUAUAAUAUGUUAUCUGUGGUCACAUUGGGGGAGGGAAGGAACUUCCUGAUGGUGAAUGUAUAAUGCUUGGAAGGUUGCUGUUUCCCAAGGAUCAAAGGAAUAUUUCAAUUUUUAGAAAGCCUCUGUGAUGAUAACCAUGGUUACUGAGAAUUGAUACCUUCCCACCAACCUGCUAUUUCUUUAGAAAAGUCAGUACAUCAUCUUAGGAGACACAUGUUCCCAAACCUGUGUUUGCUGAGAUAAUGCAGGGGUGGGGCAUCCAUAGGAGAGAAUGAGAGUGGUGCUUAACUCUUUCCCUGCCCACUGACUCACCCCUACAAAUGCACACUCAUGCAUUUCCCCCUCUCCCAAAAUUUGGUCUUAAUUCUGGUCUUGGGAGACCAGCAAACACUGAAUAAAUACCAUGGGGUUCCUGGCGGUCUGCUGCCUCGAUACUUUAUUUACAUUGACAAGCUGGGAUCAUAAGAAUCUGCCUUAACACUGAGUCAUAGUAUCAUAGAAUUGUGGAGUUGGAAGGCGCUGCAUCACACCGUUUAUUCCUGUUAAGAUUAUGGUCUAACUAAGACCCCAGGAUCCUUUUCACAGGUGCUGCUGUCAAGCCUGGUGUCCCACGUUCUAUAUUUGAGCAUCUGAUUGUUCCUACCUAAGUGUAGAACCUUACAGUCUACAAUCAGGUCAUUGGUACAUCUAGCUCAGUAAGGCCUACUCUGACUGGCAGUGACCAGGAUUUCAGACCAAGGUCUCUCCCUCUCUCCCAGUCUUACCUGAAGAUGCCUGAGACAUUUUGCAUGCAAGGCAGAUGUUCUGUCCCUCAGCUUCAGCCCUUCCCCAGCAGCUUUUUCAAUUAAUUUCUGAUUGUGAAUCCAUCUGCAACCCUGACUCAAAGUAGUUAGCUCUGCUCUGGGUCCCAGCUUUUUUGGGGGGGUGCUAUUGCACUUUUGGUUUUCAGCCCUGCUGGUUCCAUAGUACUGUAUCUGUGGCUUUGUCAGUUUUUGUCACGUGCCGCUGUGAUGUCUCAAUCCCUGAGUAAUUCUCCCUUGCCUUUAACUUCAGAAUUGUUCCACAUACUGACUGUUAACUCUACAGAAUAUAAAUUCGGUUCUCUUCUUUUCCAGUUCCACAACGCUAACCAGCUGGCGGCUUGGUGCUUGCACUAUAUCUGCACCAACUACAACAGUGUUUGUUCCAAAUUCCGAAAGGAAAUCAAAACUAAAUCUCCUGGUAAGGCUGUUUAGCAAGCUUUCUCCGCCUUUUCUUACAACCUUUGUACAUCUGUCUUCUCUCUAUUCUAAAGCUGGGGAGGAGGGGGGACUACAAAUCAAGUAAAUUUACAUGCUCAUACAUGCAUUUUUGCAUUAUUUCAUUUGGCUCCCAAGACCCAGGUUUUCAUUGAGCUUUUGUCAAGGUUUGGGUUGGCAGAGAACAAUGGGAAGGGAGUGUCUAUGGUGUUGUCAUCUAAUUAUUCAGACACAGGACACCUUGAAAUCUUCCCAUGCAGUAGGAAGCAGCAGGAGCAACCUCAGCAUCUUAUGCCAAUUCAUUUUCAUCUCCCCCCCCCCCCACACCUUUAACAUGAAAUUCUUCUUACCACAUUAGGUGAGAUUGGGACCAAGCAUAAAGGCCAGGAGGCAACAGGUAGGAGCUGCAUCUACCAUAUCUCUCCCUGCAUCAGGAGCCAUGCCCAGAGUUCUGUUUACCUGUAAUAAGUAUGCUGCUGCCGUGUGUGAUCCUUUGGUGUUAAGAUAAUCUAGGCCUGGCUGAAUUGACCAAAGUUUGAAUUCAAGUUGGAAGGUUGCAAAAAGUGAAUGACGGCAGGAAGUGAAUCGGAGGUGAAGUUUGUCAGAGAUGGAACAGAGGUUUAAGAAAGGGCAGACAAGCAUAUAUUAAUUUGGGGAUGUGUUUACAAUUAGUUAAACUGUGGCCUGAAAUCCCAAACUUUUGUUACUUGACGGUCUUUGUGGCUUUCACAAAAGACAUUAUGGAUAUGGCUUCAGAAGACAACCCUACUUGUCAGGGGUCAGCAAAUUUUUCCAGCAGGGGGCCAGUCCACUGUCCUUCAGACCUUGUGGGGAGCCAGACUAUAUUUUGGGAAGAGAAAAAAAAGAACAAAUUCCUAUGCCCCACAAGUAACCCAGAGAUGCAUUUUAAAUAAAAGGACACAUUCUACUAUGUAAAAACAUGCUGAUUCCCAGACCGUCCGCAGGCUGGAUUUAGAAGGUGAUUGGGCCGGAUCUGGCCCCUGGGCCUUAGUUUGCCUACCCAUUUACUAGAGAUUGAGAUGCAUGUGAAUUUCAUUGAUAGCAUUGCUCUCCUCCCCAUGUAGUAGUAGUUACAUGAGAAUAAUAUUGCUUUCUCCUUAGCCUAGCCUAUGGAUUUGAAAGGACUGGGUAUUGCUUCAUUAGCUAGGGAAUAAAUAUAUUGAUACACAUUGGAUUUGUUUUAAACUUCCUCUUUUUUAUUUGAUCGUUAAUACUUUGCAUUAUAAAUAUUGAUAGUACUGUUUAAACAUCAGGCAACCUGCCUAGAAGCUUAUUCAGUGUGGCAGCAGAAUUAUACCUGGCCAUCAUUCCCUGAGGGGUGGCUGUCUCUGGAACCAUCUCACUUCCACUUACUGGAUAUAACAUCAAAGCAGUAUAUGCAUGCAUAGGCUCAAUAAUCCCUUAUAUUUAUCUGGUAAUAUCUGGGGUUAUGGAUCACAGGUUGACAUUAGAUGCUUCACACAUGUCACUUGUAUCAUGGGUUGCUUAGCCCAUGGGCUGCUUAACCUCCUAGGAGGAUUUUUAUUUUUUGCUGCGCUGCUAAAAUUCAUCAUUUUCUUUUUUAAAAAAUCAGACUUGUCUCACAAUUUGUCUGACAUUGUUGUUGUUCAGUCAUUUAGUCGUGUCCAACUCUUCGUGACCCCAUGGACCAGAGCACGCCAGGCACUCCUGUCUUCCACUGCCUCCCGCAGUUUGGUCAAACUCAUGCUGGUAGCUUCGAGAACACUGUCCAACCAUCUCAUCCUCUGUCCCCUUCUCUUUCCCAACAUCAGGUUCUUUUCCAGGGAGUCUUCUCUUCUCAUGAGGUGGCCAAAGUACUGGAGCCUCAACUUCACGAUCUGUCCUUCCAGUGAGCACUCAGGACUGAUUUCCUUAAGAAUGGAUGCAUUUGAUCUUCUUGCAGUCCAUGGGACUCUCAAGGGUCUCCUCCAGCACCAUAAUUCAAAAGCAUCAAUUCUUCGGCGAUCAGCCUUCUUGAUGGUCCAGCUCUCACUUCCAUACAUCACUACUGGGAAAACCAUAGCUUUAACUAUACAGACCUUUGUUGGCAAGGUGAUGUCUCUGCUUUUUUAGAUGCUGUCUAGGUUUGCCAUCGCCUUUCUCCCAAGGAGCAGGCAUCUUUUAAUUUCGUGACUGCUGUCACCAUCUGCAGUGAUCAUGGAGCCCAAGAAAGUAAAAUCUCUCACUGCCUCCAUUUCUUCCCCUUCUAUUUGCCAGGAGGUGAUGGGACCAGUGGCCAUGAUCUUAGUUUUUUGAUGUUGAGCUUCAGACCAUAUUUUGCGCUCUCCUCUUUCACCCUCAUUAAAAGGUUCUUUAAUUCCUCCUCACUUUCUGCCAUCAAAGUUGUGUCAUCUGCAUAUCUGAGGUUGUUGAUAUUUCUUGCGGCGAUCUUAAUUCCGGCUUGGGAUUCAUCCAGCCCAGCCUUUCACAUGAUGAAUUCUACAUAUAAGUUAAAUAACCAGGGAGACAAUAUACAGUCUUGUCGUACUCCUUUCCCAAUUUUGAACCAGUCAGUUGUUCCAUAUCCAGUUCUAACUGUAGCUUCUUGUCCCACAUAGAGAUUUCUCAGGAGACAGAUGAGGUGAUCAGGCACUCCCAUUUCUUUAAGAACUUGCCAUAGUUUGCUGUGGUCGACACAGUCAAAGGCUUUUGCAUAGUCAAUGACGCAGAAGUAGAUGUCUUUCUGGAACUCUCUAGCUUUCUGUUUAUUGUCUGACAUUAGAACAGAGCUAUUAGGUAUUGCUGUUGUGUGUGUACUUCUUUUAUUUCUGCAGCAUCUCUUAUCGUUGCAGAGUUCGAAUUUCUAUUUUUAAGCUAUUGUAUUCUAGCAUUGUAUGUUGUAUCGUAAAUACAGUUUGCAAAUACCUAUUUUUUUAGUUUCCCUAUUAUCUGAAAAUGCAAAACUAGAUAGAGGAGAGCUUAGUUCUCCAUUGCAGAUUUGGAAUUACACAUAUUACCAGUCAUGUACCUUGAGAACUAGAAACAUGACAUAUUGAUUUGAAAAAUGAAGCCUGAGAUUUUCCUGGAUUUUUGCACAAGAUUUCAGAUUCUGGUAUGUAGAAGUAACAGUAACUACUUUUCUUAACUGUCUUGAUGCCAUAAAAACUAAUUUCUAACUAUUAGCAGAAUUAAAAUGUUGUCCUAGUUACAGAAUUCGUUAGUUAUUUGGGGACUUCUUUGUUUGUUUGUUUACAGAUAAUCAGGAAUAUUUCGAGAGGCACCGCUGGCCUCCAGUGUGGUACCUUAAGGAAGAAGAUCAUUUCCAGCGUGUUAAAAAGGAAAGAGAAAAGGAAGACAUUGCACUGAAUAAACAUCAUUCAAAACGAAAGUGGUGCUUCUGGAAUUCCUCCACAGUUGUUGUCUGAGAAAAGGAGAGGCAAACCUAUCAACAGAGUGGCUUGGAGAACAUUUCUUUAGAGGAGGUCUUAUCAUGAAGGAGAGCACCUCAGUCCACUGAGAACCAUUCUUGUACCAGAUGCCAUUGAAGUAAAUGGGAGUUCAUUUCAAUGGUGCUUCCACAGAAGUUUCUGGUGGAUUGUGCAGAUAUUUGGGGCACUUGUUUUUAUUCCACCUGUGUGCAUUUAUCAUCUCUAAGGUCAACAAGCACAAGCUCACCUGAAGUGGGUGUGAAACUGCUCCUUAAAAUGUCAAACGUUUGUAUUUUUGUUUAUUUGUUUAUAAGCUAAAUUACUGUAUAAAAUCAGUAUUGGUUUUCUUUUUCUUUCUUUUUUUAUACAAACCGACAACAAAUCCCAGCAAUUAAUAUUUCAAUCUCCAAAGUGGACAGUAUUUUUAUACAGUUGUGUAUGUAUGUGAAGGUCUUUAUUUCAGCAUUGUUCUUUCACAGACCACAGUUAUUGUGGAACUCUUUGAUUUAGACUAUGUUUCUUUUGUUUCUCCUCUUGCAAGUACAAUGAAAUAUGAUGAACAUCUCUGACAAACCUCCCUGGCUUAAAUUGCCAUCCUAGCAACAAACCAACUCUUGCUAGGCAACUGGCUUCCCACCCCCCCACCCCCACUUCUUCCCAAACACUAUGUAUUCACAACAAUUAGAUCCUUAUUUUUUCUGAAGUAAUGGGAUGUAACAUGAUCCAGUGACAACAAAGUUAUACAGAAUUUAUAUCUCCCCCCCCCCCCAGCUGAAGAAUAUGAAGUGUAAUUUACCUUUUCAGCUGCACCCGAUGUAUUUUCAGUAUUUGCCAUGUAAGGGCAGAAUGCAACAGCCAUGUGAAAUUUAAUACUUCCUCUUUUAUGUGUUCCAUGGCUUUCAAUGUCUUUAUUUUCAAAAGGACCAUUUAAAAAUAAUUAGAAGACCUCAUUACACUUAUGUCUUUAUCCACUGCAGAUUUCCUAGGGACCUAAACCUAAAGGCAGUAAGACUUUUAGUUAAUUACGUGGUUUGUUUCUUUAUAGUUGUCGAUGCCUUUUAAAGAAAUAUCUGUAUAUUUAAAACUGUUUGCUUGCUUGUUGAAUAUCCACAUGUUAAGUAAGGGCUAUGGAGAUAAGUUGAUCCCUUCCGUUAUAUUCAUAUAGGAGCGACCCACCCACCUAUUCACUAUCAAUGGUAUUCUGGCCCAAAUAAUCUCCGAGCACCGAAACAGACAUGAUGGCAGCGUGGGCAAACUGCUUGCCUCUGUAAGAUGUUCCAUGUGCAUCAUCAGGCAUCAAUGCACUUUGAGCUGGUCCAUCCAGGUAUAGAGUUCGCACCCCAGAGGUCUGUGGUGGAUACACCACAACUGCACCACCUGUAACAAAAGAAGGGUUUUUGCAGGCACCACCAGACAGGCUUAUAUGGAGAAGCCCAUUACCCAUGGCUGCUGUCAUGUCAGUAAAGUGUACAAGUAUGUCUUGCCUUUUUAAAUAUGCUACAAAAGAUAUCCCAGGGAAAGCUCCCUUUCCCCCCCAGAAAUUUUUAUUAAAAGUUUUCACAAUACAAUAAAAUUAUAUCUAGAACUAAUGAAGUAAAAAAAGAGAGAGAGAAAAGAGAAACGACAAAUGUUUUUUGUUUUAAUAAUGCAUGCACAGCCCCACUCCAAGCUUACAACGCUUUGAGGCUUUUCUGCAUCAAGUCUUAAUAUUUUAGCAGUAAACUAGAUAAUUCCUUCCCAAAAGAGCCAGUGUAGUAUAAUGGGUGAUGUGCUGGACUUAGGAGGCUUGAGGUCAAAUCCCUGUUCAGCUGUGAAGCUUACUUCUAUGACCUUGCAGCCAUCUCUCUCUCUCUCUCAGCCUAACCUACCUUACAGAGUUGCUGCAGGGAUAAAAUGCAACAUGCGCUCCAUCUGGAUGCAUAGCAACUGGAUAGCUCAGUUGGUUAGAGUGUGGUGCUGAUAACGCCAAGGUUGCAGGUUUGAUCCCCGUACAGGAAAGCUGCAUGUUCCUGCAUUGCAGGGGGUUGGACUACAUGAUCCUCAGGGUCCCUUUCAACUAAACAAUCCUAUGAUUCUAUGAUCUCUGUCCUCUGAGCUACUUGGGGGAAGGAUAGCAUAAGAGAGCUUUUAAAGACUGCCUUUCAAGCAGGGGAACAUUCACAGCCAGCAACUGAUUCCUCCCCCCACCUGCCUUGGUUUAUGCACCUAAUUGAUGGACUCCUAAAAUUGUUUUCCACUCACACCAGUUUUGGCUUGAAGCCUGUCCCAUCACUUUCCUUCCCUUAUCUUUGGCAAUAGCCCCACUGGCAGUGAUGCUAAUGUUCAAUAGUAAAUGCACUACUACAUAUUAUGUGGUGGCAUUUCAUUUUGUGUGUGGAGUGUUUGAGAUCUAGCCUAGACGUUACUUUGGUGCCCCAGCUGUUUCCAACCAUGUGGAAGAGCAGCAUGCUGGGAGUUUUCUAACCCCCACAUUGGCCACCAAUUAAUAUGGAGAAUUAGGGAGGGAAAUAAAUAUUUAGGAAGCGAGUAUUGCAGACUGGAGGCGAGUGAACACUAUGAGCAGGCAGAGUGGAUGGAGUUGGCAUCUUAGCAUGCCCUGAACUUUGCCACAGAAGGUAGUUGUGGUUAGAGCUAUGAGCAUUGUGCUUAGGCCAGGGGUGGGGUGGGAGCAGUGGCAGAAGCUUUAGAGGAAAAACAAAGAGUCGCCUAUUCCUGCUAUACGUAUAGUUCUCCAGUCAAGCUUAUCAACUGCAUUUUCUUGGUUUCCUUUGUUCUCUCCUGCAGGUGCCUCAACAUGCCCUUUGGAAGAGCUGUCCCAUUUUCUGUUCCUACUAUAACCCAACCUUGAGUCCAAACCAGGUUGCUAAGGACAGGAAAAGUGGCAAAGCCCACCCAACUUUCCAAAAUAAUCCAGGUUCUGGGUGAUAGAUGAAGCUAGAACCUCUGGCGAGGACAGUAAGAAAUAUGUUUCAGUGUAGGAAUUUAAAGACCAGCUCCAUUUACCCAAAAGGAAUGAUCAUUGCACUCUGAUAAAGGGCUAUGAAGCGAAAAAUGACUGCAAGCUGGAUGGUAUAAACUUAUGGUCAGCAGUAGUGUGUUCAUCAUUAGCGAAACCACCGUUGCUGAGGCUUGAAUUUCAUGUGAAAGGAGCAGACCUGUUAUUUUAAGCCUGGGUCCGAGGGCCUCCUUUGUAAAGCAAAGGGAGUACCCUAACUGCAACCAGUUGUAUCCAAUAUUAGGUAGUGAUGGGGGGGGGAGGUCCUAUGGAGAGAGAGAAGGGACAAAGUACACAGGAGGCACAAGGUGAGAGCGCUUAGCUCCCUUUACCUGUGAAGCAGUUGAUACUUGCUAUAUGGGUUGGGGGCAGAUCAUGAUUUAGACAAAUGGGUCUGUGCCAUUCCGUGUAGAUUGAGCCUGAAUUAUAUUAGCAGGUUAUAUGUUUUGAUAAGUAUUACUAUUACUAAAGUUUUACAAAACCAAAGCUUCUCUAUGAUUGUAAUCUUGCCAAACUGACAUGGACGUGCAUAAAUGAACCAGGGGUAUAUGCAAUAAUAACCAGCUGUAUUAGUUAUCAGCUACUGUAACCAAGUGGCUGGUUCAUUUGGUUUAAUUCUGCCUUUGGCCUUUAAUCUUGGUGGGGGGUUCUUUUUGUUUUAUUUUGCAAAAAACAAACAAAAAAAACAACCUCAAUAAAAAAAAUUGUUUAGCUAUAAA